UCCCCGGCCUGAGCCAACAGAGCCAGGAUGGCAACGGUGCCGGCAGCUUCCGGAGCCGGUAAAGGGGAGUCGUCGCCUGCGGGACCCCGAGAGCUGUGUUAAGAAGGUAAGGGGCGCCGGCCCACCGUCCGCCUUUCCUCCCAGUGACUGCGCCCCAGCCAGCGAUGCAGCCUCCCCCGGCGUCCCAGGCACAGCCACUCCCGGGCGGCCUGCCUUGCCUCUGCCUUGCUUAGAUAACCUUGCCCGGCCUCGAUCCCACCUGCUUCUUCCUUUCCUUUGCUUGUGUGCGCGCGCCCCCUCACCGGGUUUUGCAGCUGCUGUGGUUUUCCCUUUGUUCUGCUGUUAUAUGUUUGUGUGUGUGUGGCUUUUGUAAUACGCCGAUCUUGAAAGCUCUUGAAUUCCCAUAAAGUGGAUUUCGCCUUUUCACUCUCUCCAUCCAGGACUGAGGCUGUGUGCUGUAUAUCAAAAGGAAAGCCCCCUCCCGUUCCCCGCACUUCUGCUCCCCCCUACCCGUUUUGAAAACCCACCUUGCGUUGCCAGCAUACAAAGGGCUUCCCAAAAUGCUCUUCCUCCUUGCUUGCUUGCCUCCCUCCUUUCCCCUAGGUAAUUUGCUUGUUUCCUGCCUGCCCGCCCUCCUACGAGACAUCUCAAUUUCCGUGGAGCAUCGCUUUCCUCCUCCGUGCUUUGUUCGCGUUUCCUCCUGCUGCCCAGAAAUCCCACCCCCCCAGGUGUAUUGAGGGGGUGCAGAGGUGGUCGUCGGCGUGCAAGUUCUCCCCUCUCCCCCUCCCCCACGGGCGCCCUCGCUUUCAAAGAGAGGGGGGUGUAUGUUCUAAGCAGCGCAUGAAUCAUGCACCCUUCCCUAUGACAUCACACCCUCCUCUGCUCGUGAGAACCUCAUCCAGGGAUGGGGUGUCGAUACAGUUCCUUGCUACCCAGGUAGGACCUUGGGGGAACUGGCUUAGCCUCCCUCUGUCUAGAUUCAGGUAGGAUGGCGGGGCCUGCCUUGCUCUGACACAAAGGCAGGGGGAAGCCAGAGGGCCUGUAAAGCCGGCUGGAGCUCCUCCUACAGGUGAAUCUGCUCCGGCUGUUGGGGCUGGGGCUGGCCUGGGCCAGAGGGCCAAAGACUUUGGCUUGGAUUGUAAACAAAGCAGUUCCCCGACUUGCAGUGCAGGCUGGUGCAUAUGGGCAAGUGGGGCAGUGCCCCAGCAGCCUCACUGUGCUCUCAGCCAGCCUCUGCCUGCCUGCCUUCGUCCUUACCACCAGGCCAGGGGUAGCGCUAGGUGUCAGCUUCCUCUCCUUUUGCCUUUCUUACUCCUUUUUUUCCUAUUUUGUUUAACCAUUUGAUAGUUAUUAACAACAAUGAACAAAGCUAAUCUGGGGUGGAGGGGUGGAGCCUGCAAGGAUCAAACCAUAAUAUCCUGUAAGAAGAUAUGACUUAAUAUAAAAUUACAACAUUUCCUGCCAGAAACUUCAAAACCUACUUGAAUUUGCAUUCACGGGAAUUAUUUUAUUGACAAUAUUUGUACAGGGCAACCAGUUUCCCCAGAAUUUAUUUAUAUGUUCACUUGCAGUUCUUAGAUAUGAGGUUACUGUUGCCAUUACAGCCAAAUCCCAAACUAUUUUAAAGCUGUUCUUUUCAAGAAUGGAGUAAUGCAACUUUCAAGUUUUGAGCCAUUAACAUAUUUGCAGCUGGUAAUAAGAUGUGAGUUCCUUAGUUCACCUCCCACCUGGAGGGGCGAGAUUCCACAGCGAUAACAGCGGCGACGCGUAGCAACAGCUCUCACACAAUAUCAAUACUAACUUGAAGGGAAUUAUUCCUUUUUAUUGCGCUUUCUCCCUCUCCAGUCCCACCAGUUCACCACUGAAAGUAGCUCUGCUGAGGAAGAAUAUAAUAUUUUGAAUAGAGGUAUAAUUCCAGUUCUGUCUUUAAUAUUUGUUUUGGGUGGGAGGAGAAUAUCUCUUCUGUAAGGAAGAAGGCUUCUCCAGGAGGUGGAAUAGCUGGACUGUGUAAGGUACGUGCUGGAGAAGUUUUAUUCAGGACCAUAACACUUGUGGAGAAGGACCAUCGCUCAUCCCUGGCAGCUUCCAUUAAAAAAGAUGUCACAACAGCAGUUGAUGAGAAGGACUCUUCUCUGCCUGGGAGCUGCUAGACAGAUUUGACAGUCCUUAGACAAAUAGUCUGAGCUGCUAUGAAGAGCUUCCUGUGUCCCUAGAGUUCUGCCUGGACCCUGGCAUCUGCUCUUAAGGUCAGGUGGUUGGCCACGGUGGCUGCUUCAGAUGUGAGCGGUUGGGUGUCGUAAUGGCAACAGAGUGAGAGGAAUAGACUGGGUCACAGUGUCCAUCUAGCUCACUAUCCUCCCUGGCAGCAGUUCUCCAUCUCUGGCAGAGGUUUUCCACAACUUGACUGCAGGCCAGGUGCAGCCCUUUUGGCCUCUCUAUCUAGUCCACUGGCCUUUUGAAACUUAAGUAACUACCAGGAUUUGAACCUGGGACUUCCUGCAUGCUACGUAAGUUCUCUACCAAGUUCUCUUUGGGGGUGGGGUGGCAUGGUUCAGUGGUAGAGCAUUUGCUUUGCAUGCAGAUGGUCCCAGGUUCAAACCCUGGCAUCUCCAAAUAGGGCAGGGAAUGUUUCCUGCCUGAAACCCUGGAGAGUUGCUGCCAGUCAGUGCAGACAGUACUAAGCUAGAUGGACCCAAUGGUCUGGCUCUGUAUGACAGCUUUCCACGUUCCUUUCUCCAGAUCUUUCUGUUCAGAUCUUUCAGCAAGAGCAUAACUAUUCUUUAUUCCAACUAGGCUUGUGUAGGUGAAGUUUCUUGGGGAAAUGGGUCCUAUGUUUCCUGACCAUAUUCUUGUGCAACUUCCACUCAUUUCAGUGGGGAUUUGCAAAGCAGAACUUCCAAGUGGAUCAGCUCCUGUGUUAGCGGGAAAUGUAGCCUUUUUCUUCUUCUUUUGCACUUUGGGCCCUGGAAUGUUUUGUCCUGGUUGCCUCAAUAUCUAUAAUGCUAGGGCUCAGUUCACAUCAGUGAAUGACUCUGAAGAGCCUGUGAAAAGCUCUUUUCUCACUGCUGAGUAACCAAAGCCUGCCCCCAUUCAUUGGAGAUAAUAGGCAGGGAGUCUGAGGGUGAAAUUUCUAGACAGUUUUGAAUUUCCAUCGGUUUCCCUGUUUGGGAACCAACCACGAUUCUUACCUGAUUGUAGGUUUGGUGACAGUGGUAUUUUCGGUCCCUGCUCCUGCCAACCUAGCAGUUCGAAAGCACGCCAGUGCAAGUAGAUAAAUAGGUACCGCUCCGGCGGGAAGGUAAACGGCGUUUCCCUGCGCUGCUCUGGUUCGCCAGAAGCGGCUUAGUCGUGCUGGCCACAUGACCUGGAAGCUGUACGCCAGCUCCCUUGGCCAAUAGAGCGAGAUGAGCGCCGCAACCCUAGAGUCGGUCACGACUGGACCUAAUGGUCAGGGGUCCCUUUACCUUUUAGCAUUUAUUAGCUUCAAAAUGUAUCAGGAAUGGGGAAUUGGUGGCCUUCCAGAUGUUGUUUCUGCAACUCCCUUCAUCUCAGGCCAGGAAAGCCAAUGGCCCUGUGUAUAUGUCUGUCUGUCUAUCUACCCAUAUGAACUUUGCUCCAGUCUGGUAAUAUUAGUUUGCACUUUGUCUCUCUUUUUAUUUGAGUUUAAAAUUCUAGACUGGAAUAGCAGAGGUUAUUGCAGAAAGCCCACUCCCCAGCCCAGAGAUUGGCUUAUCUACCUUGUUUGUCCCCUGCUGCAAACAGAGAAAAGCUCUCUGUUUAUGAAAUAGUGCCAAGCCCUUGAGAGUCUGAGAACAAGGAGGGCAUCAAAAGUAAUUGUGGUGUUUUAAAAAAAAAAAAAUUAUUCAUUUUUUUUGAAUUUCAGGUGAUAUAGUUUCCAUUCUCCCAGAUUCAUAUAGAGAUUUUGAUUUCUGCCUGUCUCUGUGGACUUUUGCAAUAGAGCAGAUCCAUACCAUACAUUUAAAGCACAUAGACUUCCCCAAGGAAUCCUGGGGACUUUAGUUUCACCCUCACAGAGCUACAGUCCCCAGCAGCCCUAACAAACUACAAUUCCCAGGAUUCUUUGGGGGAAGACCAUGUGCUCUAAAUGCAUGGUGUAUUCUCUGCCCCUAGUUUGUAGUGUAGAUUGAUUUGGAUGUAUGUGAGGGGGUUGUGCUUGAUGGAUUGUAGCCCUACUGAGCUCUAUGGAUCUAGGCUCCAGGUCAGACGCCUCUGUGAGCUUAGCAAAUGGGGUGGGGUGGAGAAUGGAUUGGCACACCCUGAAGGCUUCAGGUUGAGGAGACCCAUCCACAGAGAGCCAACACUCUGUCGCUGGGUUCAGUGGCUUGCACAACUGAACAAACACUCCGGGAAAUGUGAAGAGGGCGUUGAUGAAAGGAUCAAUAUUUUAACAGCUAGAAAAUUGGGCUCUUAAGAGGGAACAAGUCCCUUGGGAAUAAAAGAGAGCUUUUGUCAGGAGAGGAAGGCGGAACGUGGUGUUUAACUAAAGGUAACGUUGGGCCUCCUCCUUGUGGGAUUCAUUAGGAUGCAAUAGGUCUCUGAAUGAGGUCACUGUCUCUCUCACACAAUGCGCUCUGAAAUGUCAAGUGUCUUAUGCCAUCUGCACUCUUCCAGGCACUUCCACACAGCCUUGGUUUCGUAAUUUCCGAUAAAACCCAACUCAAAUGUGCCGCCUGGUCUGGAGCCGUGGUUUGCAUUGGCGCUUAUCAUCACCACCAUCUCCUCCUCCUCCUCCUCCUCCUCCUCCUCCUCCUCUGGCACAGUUUCCCUUUUGCCUUUUUACUGCAGGUUACUCCAGGGCGAGUUAUCUUGAUACUGCAGUGCACAGUGGUUGGGGGAGGAGGAAAUGUAGAUUUCUGCAGUUUUACUUUGGAGUUCCGUCUGCUGCAAAAGCUCUUUCCUUGCGAGCAAGCUAGGCAUGCAAAAGUGCAGGGAAUAGAAGACUUCAAAGCCACUGGAACGCAAAGCAUCCCAGGGAGACCACAGAGAAUUUUCCAGGUUGGUACUACAAAUUGAAAUAAUAGGUCAGGAAAUACUCAUUUUGUAAAGAAGCUGUGCAAGGCAGUUAACCGGGUUUUUUAAUAUAUAAAAAAGCAAAAUACCGUAUUUUUUGCUCUAUAAGACUCACUUUUUCCCUCCUAAAAAGUAAGGGGAAAUGUGAGUGCGUCUUAUGGAGCGAAUGCAGGCUGUGCAGCUAUCCCAGAAGCCAGAACAGCAAGAGGGAUUGCUGCUUUCACUGUGUAGUGAUCCCUCUUGCUGUUCUGGCUUCUGAGAUUCAGAAUAUUUUUUUUCUUGUUUUCCUCCUCCAAAAACUGGGUGCGUCUUGUGGUCUGGUGCGUCUUAUAGAGCGAAAAAUACGGUAAAAUCAGUUCCAACAACACUAUAAAACAAUUUCCAGAGAAGUAGCCAUGCCAGUAUGUGUUGCAAAAGCAACUAAAGAAUCUUGUGAUGCUUUAUUGACAAAUUCAUUAUGGCGUUAGUGAAGGGUCAUUAACCACACUGGCAACCCCUGGCGUAAGCCUUCAUGAACUCAAGUCUAGCUCAGGUGCUUCUCUACCAGGCAUUUAAUGCAGAAUUGCCAUGCUUUGUCCACUUGUGUCUAACUUCCCAGUGGUUCGUCCAACUUUUCUUAGACUGCAGAAAGUCAAACCCCCACCUCCCCCCCAUGCUGAAUAAUUGAAGGGGAGUGCAAUCUCCACAGAUGUGGAUGCCUUCAGCUCUAUUUUUCUGCCCUUUUGUUUUAUGGGUGGGGUUUUGGUAUGGGCAGGGACAUACUGGGAAAGGGAAACUUUUGAUAUGGGCAGGAACAUACUGGAAAAGUUAAUCUAUCACCACACAGCCCACAUUCCUUAUAACACUUCCGGUGGGUAACAUGUUAUGACAUUUAAAUCAUCAUUUAAUUUAAUAGUUGGUAAAUAGUUGAUCUUAUCAUUAUAAUUAUCACUAAUAUGCUUUUCCACUUUGGGUGUGUGUGUGUGUGUGUGUGUGUAUAUGUGUGUAUGUGUAUGUCAUAGGACCUUGUGGUGAAGGACAAGUAAGAAAUUGAAUAAAUUCUGUGUCCAGGUCACUUCUGGAUACAGGGGCCACAACACGAGAGGCAUUUCAGCAGAGACUGGUCAGCCAUUUCCCAAGGGCAGUGCAGUUGUACCAUACCCUCCAUUAAGUUUGUGUGCAGGUAGCUUUUGGCUAGAUGACCCCCAGAAUCACUUCCAACUCAAAUGCGAUCAUCAGCACUCUGAAUUACACCUGGGAGCACAUGGUAGAUCUCUUAAUGCUGAUAAAACAAGCUUCUUCUUCUUUUUAAUAUAAUGGGUCCCUGUCAGUAAUCUGACUGCCAUAUUCUGAACCAGCUGACGUCUCCAGAUGCUGUUUGGGUGUUUGCUGAAAGCAUCAUUCUGAUACUCUGAAAAAGAAAUGAGCCAGUGAUGAUAGAGCAGUGAACUAAAUGUAAGGUCAAACCUGAUUGCUGGGUUGUCUGCCUCCCACCCUCCCCCCGCUGUCUAGACUUGAGUUACAUCCUUUAAAAAUGCAGCGGUUGUGCUUGAUGUCUUGUUUUGGAAAUUAUAGUAUGCAGAGUGAUAGAUACAAUUUUCCUUUACAUACUACUAGUGGAAAGCACCUGGUCAUUUGCUUGUUUCUAGGGCUGUGCACACCUGACUCAGGGUCCCGAUCUGGAGCCAUGGACUGGCCCAAUCUGAAUCUGGGUCAAAUAAUUAUUGGGGGAGGGCCGUUGUUUAAUUAGGGUUUUAAAAAACCCCAUAUGGAGGGUCUAACAGUUUCCAAACAAAAACAGAAACUGGUUUCUCCACCGGGGAACCUCAUUGCCAAACGGGGCAACAAUAUCUGAAUGCAUAGAGAAUGGAUGGACAGAGAGACAGGCAGGCAAACCACUUUCCAAAAUACGUAAUACUUAGGACCAAUGGAUGUGGAAUAUUCUUUCAGGGUAUGUUCACAGCAGAGAGAGACUCUUAUAUGCACAGAGAUGGGAUGGAGCAUACCUAUGGGUGAGCACAUGAUCACGAGUGAUGCAAGUCUGGAAACAGAAUGAUCUGCUCCUCCCUAGCAAUAACAUAUUUAAUAUACCAUGCCAUUUGGUCCUGAGUGGCAAGCUCUUUGGUGUGAAUUCCUGACCAGCCCAUCUGAUUCUGCAAGAGUUGUGACAUUGAUUCCAGUCACGUGGAUGGGUCCUUUGAACACGUAGGAAGCUGCCUUAUACUGACUUAGACUAUUGGUCCAUCUAGCUCAGUGUUGUCUGCGCUGACUGGCAGUGGCUGUCCAGGGGUUCAGGCAUGGGACAUUCUUCCAGCCCUAACUAGAGAUGCCAGGAAUUGAGCCUGAGACCUUCUGCAUGUGAAGCAGCUGUUCUGCCACUGAACUAUGGGCCUUCUCUACUGUGACAUCGGUGAUAGGUGAUCUUGCCAGUAAUAGGCAGGCGGAGGAUAUUCUUUUAAAAAGAUCCUGGAAAACACCAGCAAAUAUGUUUGGGAAAUUUCAGCAAGUUGUUACAGGUUUCCCUUAAGAUCUCCUUCCCAUUGGCCUUAGAACACCUCACCUACUUCUCUGCGCGACUGACAGUUUUAAUCUCUUCCUCCUGCUGUCAGGAGAUUUCCAGAUACUACUUUUGGAGUGGCAAUUAUUCAUUUGCUGUCCCUUUUAAACCACAGCUUGUGUGCGUGUGUUUGAGAGAGAGAGUGUGUUUGAGAGGUAUGUCAUUGGAUAAUAAGAGUGUUCAGGAGAACAUUUUAUUUCUUCCUGGAUUUGUUCCCAAUUUUAUUCAUAAUGCAAGAGUGUAAGUUAUACCAGACCUAGUGAAUACCUUAAGGGAAUGGAGGAAGAUGUACAACUUAUUUGUUGAUAAACCCCUGAGAUGUUCUAUUCACAAUCAAGCAGGACGUAAAUCUUAUUAAUUGAAUAAAUCAUCUUGAUUUCCUUUUCUUUAGCCUGCCUGCCAGUCCCUGUGUACAUGCAGUUAUCACUCUUAACUUUUCCGAGUUGCUGCACCAAUGUUGUGAAGGGCACAAGUUGAAAAGUCCCCAGUCAAAAUCUGGCUCAGAACCCAUCUUCACCUACAGAUUCACAUCGCUAACAUACUGCUUUAAACAGUCAUGGCUUCCCCCAAAGAAUCCUGGGAGCUCUGGUUUGUUUUACGGGUUCUGAGAGUUGUUGGGAGAAACACACACACCCCUUAUUCCCCUCAGAAGAGCUAUAUUCUGCAGGGUUCCCUAGGAAGUGGGGCUGGUUGUUAAACCCUUUCUGGGAAUUGUAGCUCUGGGAGGGGAAUAGAGGUCUCCUAGCAACUCUCAGCACCUUUAACAUUUUGGAAACCCCUGUAUUGCCGAGCGUCUCCAACAGUAACCACACUGUGCCAUUUUCUAUUUAGCUACAUCUUCCUCUUUUCUCACGUGGGCACUGGGAGUGCUUUCAUUGCUUCUCACUCUGCUGGAUCAGCCCAAAGGUCCCGUCUAGCCACAGCAUCCUGUUUUCACAGUGGACCACCAGCUGCGCCAGUGGAAAGCCUGCAAGCAAGACAACAGAGCUCUCUCACUUGUGACUAUCCUCGUGUUUCCUCUCAGGAGCGCAAAGCAGUACAUGUGGUUCCAGGUCUGUGCAGAGAAGGCAGGGGCAGCUGGGUACACUUGUCCCGGACCACAAAGGGGAAAAGCUAGCUGGGUGCCCCUGCCAGGGGCCUGCUGGACUUACGAUGUCAGGCCAAGAAUUAGACUCCCUCCUGGGGCCUCAAACAAGCUCUGCACAGGCCUGCGUGGUUUUCCCGUUUAAUCAUCACAACAGUCCUGUGAGGUAGGCUAGGCUGAGAGGCAGUGACUGGUCCAGGGUUCAUGGCUCAGUGGGAAUUGAUUCUGGAUCAGUUUGCAGUUCUUGCUGAACACUUUCCUUGGCGCCACUUUAUUUGAAAAGCCUAUUCCCUUUACAGUUUUGUGAGUACAAUGGUACCUCGGGUUACAGAUGCUUCAGGUUACAGACUCUGCUAACCCGGAAGUAGUACCUUGGGUUAAGAACUUUGCUUCAGGAUGAGAACAGAAAUCACGCGGCGGCAGCGUGGCAGCAGCAGGAGGCCCCAUUAGCUAAAGUGGUAUCUCAGGUUAAGAACAGUUUCAAGUUAAGAAUGGACCUCUGGAACGAAUUAAGUACUACUGUAAUUAUGUAGUGUGCUGUGUGGCUCUAAGUGAAAUUUAAACAGCAGUAAAGAUGGAAACUGAUUUUGUUUCCCCCUGAGAGGGAGGGAUUGGCCUCAUCUUAUCUUUGUUGACAGGUUAUAUGCAGGUUUUUAUCAUGCUCCAGAAACCUACAAAACCUGUUUGACCAGCAGGACAGAAAGAAAUUGUGUCCUUAGUGGAAAAUUCUGUCUGUCCAUCCGUUCAUUGCUGUUGCUUAUCUCCAGCGUAAUGGACCUUGAUGAUGGAGUGUUAUGCUAGCAAAACCAACUCUGCUGGGGAGAGUUCACACAAAACUGGCUAAAGAGCUAUCUCUGAAUCAAAAUUCCUCCUGCUGCUUUUUAUUUUUGCCACAUACCAAAGCAUGCAAGCUAAGCCUGGGAUGGAGGGAACCUGUGGCUCUCCAUAUAUUUUUGGGAACUGCAAUUCCUAUCAUCUGUGACCGGUGCCCACACUGAUGCUGAUGGGAGUUGGAGUCGAACAAAAUCUAGAGCACCACAGGUUGCCCAUCCUUGAUCCUAGAGCUUUGGUAAACAAAUGGGUGUAAAUAGAUUCCAGAUCUUAAGUCUCUCUCUCUGGCAGAUGUUGUGACUGUACAUCAUUGCUUACAUCUGGGGCGUUAACAGUCUCUGUCCCACACAUUGUAAUCAUAUAACCAAUCGAUCACUGUGGUCCUGCAGAUGCCAUCUUAUCAGGACGUCUGCUCCACACAAUGUAGUAGGAAUUGGACCUUUAGUGUUGCGGUACCUGCCCUUGGAAAAUUAGAGGCGUGGAAUUUUUCAGCAAAUACUGAAGGCAUUCAACAAGCCUUUUAAGUUGAGAUCUUUCCAAGACUGCCUAUAUAUUGGAAUUGUUUUAAAUUUUAUCUCCUGCUGUUUGCUGCCUGGGGCUCCUUUUGGGAGGAAGGGCAGGAUAUAAAUUUAAUACAGAAAUAAAUGAUUUGGUGAUAAAGGACAAACUGCCCCUGUUUUUAACCAAAUUAUUGUUAAGAGAGCCGGACGAGAGGGUUGGAGAGGGUGAGGGAGCCUGUACCUUUCCUAAGAACUUGGCUCUUUAGGCAGAAGGGGAAGUGUGUCACUACAGGGUCUGUUGCCGAAGACCAGAGAGGAAGUCUCUAGCAAAACCAGGGGAAAUUGACUCUCUGCCUCUUAUGUGGCAACUGCAUGGCUCUUGACUCUCCCAAGCAAAUGUGUUCUUAAAAGCAGAACAAAGAAUCCCUGUUUUCCUUCUGUUCCAGAGAUCUUGAGUACAAUGUGUACUAACUUGUUGAAAUUCCCCAGACAUAAGUGAUGUCCCUCCCAUCAUAUUUGCUGGAGUUUUCAAGGGUCCCCCUAUAAAAGAAUGUUUCUACCUCUUCAGCCUGCUUGCUGCUGGUGGCGGCAAACUCAUCUUACGCUGGUGUCCCAAUGCAGAAGGCCCAAAGCUCUGAGAUAAGAGCACCUGCUUUGAGGUUUCUUCAGCAAGCGAGUGGUGUAUAAAUUCUAAUAAAUGAAUGAAUGCAGAAAGUCCUGGGUUCAGUCCCUGGCAUCUCCAGGGAAGAGAAGGAAACCCAGAAGGGCUGCUGCCAGUCAGUGUGGAUGGUACUAAGCCAUAUGAGCCCAGCAGUCUGACUCAUUGUAAGGGCAGCUUUCUAUGCUUGCACUGACCCCUCUUAUCUGUGCCACAUUAAAUGCUCUAUCUGUACCCUGUUAAAUGCUCAAGGCCCGUGGGACCAAAAGGGGGAGGGAGCAAAAUAACCCACGGUACACAAAUGUUGCUACAUGACUCCAUUAUUUUCUCCUUGAUGGCUCUCGGUGCCUUGUGAGAGGCUAUCUGGCCUCAGGGUUGCCUUUGCCUUCCCAACCCCUAAAACUUGACAGGAAGUGGACCCGAUGCUGCUAAAACAGGCAGAGAUGAGGUUCCAGUGAUGCAAGGCUGUCUGGUGUAACCGUUCAGGUCAGAAUCCGAGCUUCUCCAGACCUUACGGCUGCAUCAAAGUGAGCUGAAACGCUGCCUUUUUUGCAGCGCCAGUUCCUAUGGAAACGGUGCAUCAGAAGAGCUAAGAACGUGGCGAGGGCUUUAAAGGAACCUCUUGUCUCUCCACAAGCUGCUUUUGAACCUGCUUGCCCUCCUUGCAAUGCGAUAGCUUGGCAGCAGAGCUCAUCUGUAGCCAGCCAUGUGGCUGGGAACUCAUAUUUUGUGUUUUAAUGUAUUUUUAUCGAUUUUCAAGAUAAGACUACAGAUAUGAAGAAGAAAAGGCAUAUAACCAAACGUUGGUGUAGCUGAGGAUCUAAUGCAGUAUUGUUAUAUAUAAUAAAUGUUCUCUCUCUUUUAAAAAGCUAUUGUUUUGACUCAGCUGUACAGGUAACAGAGAGGAAGUGGGACAGUCAUCAAAAGUCUGUAGGCAUAAUCUAUCAUGUUCACACAGACAUGGCUAUUUCUGGCAAAGAGAUGUACAUAUUUUGAUCCAUGGUAGAUUGAAUGAAGUCCUUGCAGCUUUGCCUUUACCCUGUAUCAGUCUGAAUGCUAUCUUUUCCAAGAUUGCUACAUAGACCAAAUGCUGUGUAGAGAAAUGGUCUAAUUCCUUUCAGGGAACACAUCUUUUGUGAUUUAUUUCUAGCGCAGAAUAAUACAGUGCUGUAUAUACUUAUAGCAGCCUUUGAAUUUCUAGCUAUUGCAUCAGUGUGUUACUGAUGCUGAGAAUACAGAGCUUACACAUAAUGUGAAGAGGCAAAGGUGAGCCCAGAGGAUGGCUAUGAAGGGCUAAGUAGAGGUAAACUAUUCAACAUGUGCAGUGCACAUGUGUCUCAUUCCUAGUGGUGCUGUCAGGUCAGGACUUUGUGUCCUAAUCCAUAGGGGUUUCCCACCACUGUAGUUAAGUGAUGGCCCAAGCAAAGGGAGGCCAGGUAUUCCCAGGGGGCAAGACAAGGCAAGAUCAGCACCUUGGAGAGGGAUCAAGGUAUGAGUUUCAGGACCACAGCCGGUGAGUCUGCAGUUGAGACAUAAAGUAGAUGUUGUCUCAGCAAUGUCCUUUAAUAACUGGCAGAUCUUUAUCACAUGAUUAGGUAUUCAAUUGCUAGAAGCCCCAGCUUACCUCAUGAAUACGGAAUACCUGGUCAGUUAAAGGGGCAGUACUUUCCCCUACAACUGUUGGCUUUUCCUAAGCCCCGGGGUUUCAAGAUGUGGUGAUAUUUCCUUAGGGCUCUCUUAAUCCUCUGAGGAGCUUUUGGAUCAGUAAUGAGAAUCUAGUGGCAGAGGGGUCUCAUUGGGGAAGAAGAUAAGGGCUUCAGGAUCCCCAGCUCCACAAGGGACAGACCAGGGAGUGCGGAUCCAUCUCUUCUUUAGGGCUGACAGAAAUGGAAGACUUUGCCCAUGAGAAUUCCUGGUCAGGAGGCCAUGGAACUCUGCAACAGAAGGUCAAAUUUCAUUCAGCAUAAUGAGCCCCCCAAACGUGAAGUUAUACACAUUACUUAAAAACAUAACUAUGUUUGGCAAGUAAGCGGUAUAUAAAUCAAUAAAUAAUAAUACCUUCUAAAGAAGUAGGGGGUCUAAAAUUACCUAGCUGCAGCACUGCUCUUCUCUCUAGCCUGAUCUGUCCCCACUGUGCCAGCUGGUGGGUCCAUAACUCAGUAGUUUCCCAGGUUUCAACACAUGGCAUUUUUGGUUAAAGCAAGUGUGGGGAAUCUCAAGUCCAGGUCCCUAAUGCAGACCUCCAAAUUUCAACCCUCUGGACCAUCCCAGGCUCCACUCCUCACCAGUCCUGCUUUGAGCGUUUUGACUGGCUGGAGGGCAUUUCCGAACUGCAAUAAUGCCUCUUGCUUGUUUGGAUAGAGAUUGGAGAAGUUUGUGUGUCUGUGUAUGACUGUGUAGAAACCUCUGACUACAUGCAGAGAUGCAUUACAUACCCACAACAGCAGCACCAGAGCAUGACUGCUUUUAUUCUAAAAGGCAAGUUUCUAGUCCUCAGUCCUGCAAAGGUUAGCUUGAUGAAGAGACCUGCAUGGGUGGUUCUUGUUAGGUGAGCUGCAGAGGAAAGGAUUCUAGCUAUUAAUACUGAGGGUUUUACAUAUCACUUAACCUCUCCUUGUUACUAGCAGAACAGAUUAUUUAUGCAGAAUAAAUUUAUGCAUGUUCAUGUGCAUAAUGAACCAAGGUAACGGAACUCAGGGCAUAAUCUGGGUUGCUUUCCUAUGCAUGCCUUUUGAGCCUCAGGGCUGAGUAGAUGUGAUGUUAAUUGUGGUAAUUCCACACAGAGGUUGUGGGGGACGGAAGGAGCAGAAUCGGAACGAUGGAGGAGGGAGAGUCUAUCCCUUCCACCCUGUGCCACAGUCCUGGUAAAAAUGACAUCCCUCUUUGCAUUGAGAGGAAGCCUCCAUUGUGGAAAUCUUGCUUAUUUGACUCCUGUUGUCAUCAGGGGUGGAGCUGUUCUUGUGAUUCUACAAGCAGGGUGCUGCCACAGAAAAGACUCUUUUGUGCAUGGAUAGCUGCUCUUUCUGCUUUUGCUUCUUUGCCAUGGGAAUCUCUUCAUUGUUGUUGUUUAGUCUUUAGUCGUGUCCGACUCUUCGUGACCCCAUGGACCAGAGCACGCCAUCUUCAUAGAUCUCUUCAUAGAUCAUCUUCAUAGAUCUCUUCAUAGAUCAAAUCAAUUCAGGCUGCAAAGACCUGCAAAGUGUUGUCUUUUGAAGUGGGUGGAUUUGUCUGUUUCAGUUGCUCUCAGUUUCUCUUUUUUCCAGUCUUAUGUAGAGUUUUCUACAUUUCCACAUCGGUUUGCAGUAUAAAAUAAAGUCCUUAUGAAAUUUCACCAGCAUUAUAGUAUUAAUUUAUAUAUAUAUAUAUAUAUACACAAACACACACACACACAUUUCGCCCCGCCAACCAGUUUUUCCUACUGUAAUGCUUUUUAGCAUGUUACUUUCACAGAUAUAUGCAUUUUUAUGCACUCUUUACCCCCAUUGUGUGCAUAUUUGUACACUUUACUUAGCUGGAGAGCUGCAUUACAAAAUUCAGGUAAGUGCAAAUUUCAAAGAAUGUCUGUGUUUCAGCUAGUGUGUUAUUUCAGAAAGUGAAAAUUAAAUAGGUUCACCUUUAAGUGCAAACAAUUAAAUUUCUUUCCCCCUUCCUAAUCAUGUCUAAAACAGGGGAUGGGAUUCAUUUUUGUGCACGCUGCUUUCAGCAUUUGGAUAGAUGUGAAUUUCAAAGGAUAGCUGUGUUUCAGUUCAUGUUUUGUUUCAGGAAAUGUGGAUUUGGUAGGUUUGCCUUUAAAUGCAAACUGAAUCAAAUUCCUCCUUCAUAUCCCUUGUUGCCUCUGUAGCAUCCUUGUCUUGCGAAAGAUCAGAGAUGGUGCUUUGUUAGCCUUUCAUUGAUUUGUCUGGUUUCCUUCGAUGCUAUAAGCCUGGGCCUCUGGUGGUUUGAGGCUUAAAGUGAGAUUAUUGCGGUUUUGUCUCUGGAAGCCCAUCUCUUUGAUGAGGGAGUUUUUGGUUUUCAGACAAGGAAAAGGUAACAUUAAGGCUUCUUGUUGGUUCAUGGGUACCCGCUUAAAUCAAUAAGAGGAAAGCUGCCCUUUGUGUUGUGGAAGGAGGAUAGCAGAAUUGUCUGAUGUUAGUGGGGGCUUGGGCAAGCUGCUAUUCCUUUAUUUAAGUUGGCAACUUCUCUUCCUGCAACAAAGGUGAGGCUAUUUUGGUUUUGGGAAACAGGUAGAGAGGGGAAAAUGCAUGUUUUACAGCAUCAUUCCCUUUCUUAUGAGAACUCCAGAAAUAGCUGUGCUGAGAUCUAGAAUAUGGGUGGGGGGUCUCAGCCCUCCAAGCCUUUCUAUCUGGUCCUUGGCAAUCUCCUGAGGCCACACCCCUUUGUCCCAGGACAUACCUGUCCCAAGCUCUGCUUUGCCCUCCUUGUGUGUUCUUGCCUGGCUGGAUUGUGUCCUUGCACUCUGAUCAUGCCUCUUGCCUCCCUGGUUAGAGGACAGAAAGGGAACUAGCCUACUGUACAGAGGAAGUAUUUGUUGCUCUGCCUAUGUUUGCCUCUUGCCCCACCCACCACUGCCACGUAGCCCCUGGGUUGCCCAAAAGGAGAUGCCUGGAAGUGGCCAUGAGCUGGGUAAGGGCCAAUAAAUUGAACAGAGGAACAAGACAGAGGAACUGUUGUUUAGCCCUGCCCCACGAACCCCUCAGAAGUUCAACCUUAAAAACUCUGGUGAAUUUGAGAGGGAUGUUGUCACUCAGCAGCAUGGCUCAAAGUGAGAUGAUAGUGAAGCCAAACUAAAUUAUGUCUGCCUGAAAAGAAGUGGGAUGAUAUCCUCAUCCCACCUCAAUCAUGAAAAUUAACCACUGGAUCGACUUCAAAAUGGCCGCCCCUUGAACUCUCGCGACAUAUCAGCCAAGUCUGCAUCAGAAGGUGCUUUAGGGCAAGCCUCACAUCCCUUCCUGGCCUUGAGAUCUUGAGCAUCAUCUUCAUGGUAUUCCCUUCUUUAAAAAUAGUUUCUAUUUAUUGCUAUUUUAGUUUUUCUAUCCCUUUGUGUUGGUGAAAAAAUAAUGUGGGCAGGGCGAAGCUUGCCUCUGGCACACCUCAGGGAACUGUAUCAGUUUCCGACUGGUUAAUGACCUGCAAACCCAGCAAAGUCCUUAGGAUUUAUAAACUCUUAAGUACUUGUUAUGCAAGAGCCUUAGAAUCAUAUUCUGGGAAAAUAAACACUGUACUCAACCCACAGUAUGCUGAAACAUAACAGCUGCGAAAUAGAAAAAUUAUUUACCCCAAAUGUCUUCAGGAAGAUUAUGGAAGUCGUUGUGAUUUAUAGUGAGGGACCAAAGCACUUGACUUUCAUAGGCCAUAAAAUAGCUAUACUGGAAUCAGGAAAGGCUCUGGUAUUAAAAAUGCUCAACAAUCAAAAUUAAAAACUUUGCAACCUGUCAGUGCUGGCAAAUGUAGUGCAUGGGUGCUAAACAUUACCUGCUUCAUUUAUCCCAGUCUCCUCCUCCACCGCACAGUCAUUUUGAAAGUAUAGCCGAACUUCAAAAUAAUAGAUAAAAUACUGCUGAGCAGAUGCAAAGUUUUAAAGGCUGCUGUUACCACAGAGCUUUUCCCAUUGGUGUUACUUCAACCAGGUUUUCAUCCCUCAGUGGCUCUUCCCUUAAACUUUUUGUAAUAUUGCUCUUAUUGGCAAUAGGUGUCACCUGAGCGGGUGUUACAUCCAUGCUGUGGAUUUGCAGUCCGGUAAGAGAAAAUUGCAUUGCAUGAUUACAGUACAUUAUUUAGCCUUGCUUAAUUGCAGCACAAUGUCACAGGCUUCUGGGCUAGGGUUCAAAGUACUCUGCUUUGUAGACAUCUGGUCCAAUUUAGACCAGUUAGUUGCACAGGUAUUGCCAGUGCACAUGACUUUGCUUGAGCCCUUGCCAUUCUAAAAAUUGUGUUCUGCCUUUCACCCGGGAUCUGUUAUCUGUCCCACCACUCCGGAAAGGUGCACUUUCAAAGGGAUCCUGACUGGUGCUGCCUUUCCAAAUUUCGUAUUGUUAGGAGGUAGCACUUUAGCUGUUCUCAGCUGAGCUGACCCAGGCAGCAUAAAUAAUAAGAUAAAUGUUGGACUUUGUUCAAACAGCCUCUUGUUGCUUAUUAUGCUAUUUAGCACUAACCUUGCAGAUGCAAGAACUAUCUGGGUAAGUUAUUUGCAUUGAAAUUCUACCCAUUCUGUGCAGACUCUGCUAAUUCUCCAGUAUGUACUGUUUGGAUGAGUGAAGAUCAGCAAGGAAUUAGACUACUGGGCUCUACCAGACUCUCACAGUUUUGGGUUGGAAUUCAAUCCUAUCCUGGCAAAUUCAGGUCACAUCAUGCGUUUAAAGCACUAUGAUAUGUCUUUAAACAGUCAUGGCUUCCCCUAAAGAAUUCUGGGAGCUGUAGUUUGUUAAGGGCGCUGAAAGUUGCUAGGCCACACUUACUUCGCUCGCAGAGCUGCAAUUCAGUUGGUUGUUAAACCACUCUGGAAGCUGGAGCUCUAGGAGGGGCAUAGGGGUUCCCCAACAACUCUCAGCACCCUUAAUAAACUACAGCUCCCAUAAUUCUUUAGGGGGAGCCAUGACAGUUUAAAGUUGUAUCGUAGUGCUUUAGAAGUAUGGUGUGAAUGUACUCUCAAACCGCACACUUAAAACCAAAUACAGUGGUACCUCGGGUUAAGUACUUAAUUCGUUCUGUAGGUCCGUACUUAACCUGAAACUGUUCUUAACCUUAAGCACCACUUUAGCUAAUGGGGCCUCUUGCUGCCACCGUGCCGCCGGAGCCCGAUUUCUGUUCUCAUCCUGAAGCAAAGUUCUUAACCCGAGGUAAUAUUUCUGGGUUAGUGGAGUCUGUAACCUGAAGCGUAUGUAACCUGAAGCGUAUGUAACCCGAGGUACCACUGUAUGGAGCUCUUGUGAAAGAACCCUGCUCGUCUAAAAGACUGGAUUUUGUGCAAAAAGGAAAAUGAUGGGGAGAUGUACUAGACAGGGAUAAGACUUGCUUGAUGCAACAUCAUCUGCUCUCCUUACAAGCAAAUUGGGAUGCCUGCUCAUUAAACAGGUUGUCUGGAAGUGACCUUUAGCCCAGUAGCAGCAGACGCUGCUUUGCAGGCCAAAGAUCCCAGAACAGGUAGGAGGUAAUGGCUGCUUCUAGAACAGACAGUACUGGAGAUGGGCCAAUGCAGCUUCCUAUGUUCCUGUCACCAAGGGGCCUGUCACAGACCACGAGUCCUGAGUGUGUUGCUAAAUCGGUACAACCAGCACCAGUGGCGUAGCUAGCUGCUCAGGCACCCGGAGCAUCGCGUGCACCUUCCACCCAGGGGCGGGACAAGCCACCCAUUGAGCAGGGUGCACUGGGGCAGGGUGCGCUGCAACGAGCUUCGUCACCCCCCCAGCUGUAGGGUGGCUGAGGGAGAGGCAGCGGGCAGAGGCAAGCCCCACGCUGCUGUUUUGGGCAGCAUGGAGCCUGCAGGUGCCCAAGCCACUGUGUUACAUAGCCCAUAGCCAUUUUGUCACCCCCUUCAGGGUGGUGACACGCAGGGCGGCUCGCACCCACCGCACCCCCCUUCCUACACCACUAUACACCACCUGAGAACUUCCUGCCGCAAAGCAUUUUACAGUAGUACCUCAGGUUAAGAACUUAAUUCGUUCCGGAGGUCCGUUCUUAACCUGAAACUGUUCUUAAUCUGAGGUACCACUAAUGGGGCCUCCUGCUGCCGCUGUGCCGCCACCGCACAAUUUCUGUUCCCAUCCUGAAGCAAAGUUCUUAACCCAAGCUACUAUUUCUGGGUUAGCAGAGUCUGUAACCUGAAGCAUCUGUAACCCGAGGUACCACUGUAUAAUGUUCUAGGUGUUGCAAAGAGCAUUUUCUGGUCUGCAGGACACUACACAGGUGAAGAUAGAGAUGUUGUUUGGAGCCUAUUCUGCCCAAGCCCUGGGCUGUCUCCUCUCACUCAGAAGGAAGUUCUUAGCCUGUUGUGUUUCUUUCCUCUUCAGUAAGCUGCCCUAAGCUGACUUGAAAGACAAGAGGGCGGUUUCUGUUGUUAUGGAAAGGCGUAGGAGGUUUCUUUUCUUCUUACAACAGAUAAUUAAGAAUUCAAAAUAAUUCUUGGGUUAUUGUAGUGCAUAGGAUCAUAGGAAGCUGCCUUAUACUGAGUCAGACAAUUGGUCCAUCAACUCAGUAUUGUGUGCACUGACUGGCAGCAUCUCUACUGGGGUUCAGGCAGGAGACAUUCUCCCAAUCCUAUCUGGAGAUGCUGGGGAUUGAACCUGGGACCUUGUGCAUGCAAGGCGGAGGCUCUGUCACUGAGCUGCAACUCUUGCCCCCUGUGAUGCUGGUGUUAGAUGAGCUUGCCACUAGUAGGCAGGCUGAGGAUGUAGCAACACAUGGACCAAUGCCAGUAUGUAAUUUGUAAAAUAAUAUUUAUAUACCACUGUAUCAUAAAAAUAUAUCAUUGUGGUCUACAACGUAUAGUUCCUACACACUCCGUGAUGUGGCUUUGGGGCCCACAAGAGAUUUCCUUGCUUCAGGUACCUUUUUAGGGAGCGAGAUGUUUUCAUCUGUUGGGUCUCUUGUUAUUUAUUUUUGAAACUGUUGCUGACCUUUACCUCUGAUGGCUGUUUGUUGUUGCCUCCGGACAUGGAGUCUAGUUGUGCAAAGAUGCGUUUUGCCGAGCUUUGUGCCGUCUGUCUCUCAGGCCGUCGGAGUUUAUAAGCCUCUUAUUAUUGGUUCUACAAAGUGUUUUUCAUUUUGCCUGCACACUACAAAAAAAGGAGCCUGUGCUUAAAUCAAAGCCCAUGGUAAUCAAAUUCCACUUUAUUUCCCUUUUGCAUAAAUGUACUUUGCAUAAAUAUAGAAGACACAGACACAUGCAAAAUAAAAAAUGGUACAAAUGUAUUCUGUGGUGGGAUGAAUGUAUGGUGUGCUUUGAUCCUGAUCAAUGUAGCAUCUGGAAUGACUGGACUGAAUGUCUCCCUUCCCCUUGACCUUUUGAGUGCAGCCUUUUAGACAGCAUCCAAGAUCAGAAGUUCUCAGACUUACAGAUUUCCCUACAUUGCCCUGUUCUGCCUGGUUCACCAGCUGCAGCCUUUCUUGGACUGAGAGCAUUUAGCCUCGGAGAUUCAUGCUCUAAUAAUUUCUCAGGUACUGUAAUGCACUCUUCAUGGGACUUCCCUGGAUGAUAUUCUAGAAGUUGGAGAUACUGCAGAAUGCGAUUUCCAAGUUACAGUACUGCAUUGUGCAGCAAAUGGAGAUCAUAGCACCGCCUUUCAUUGUACUAUUGCUCCAACUGCUUUUGAGCUACUAGGUCCAAUUCAAGGUGUUAGUACUAGCGUAAAAAGGUACCCCUGCCCAUACGGGCCAGUCGUGUCCGACUCUAGGGUUGUGCACCCAUCUCACUUAAGAGGCCGGGGGGCCAGCGCUGUCCGGAGACACUUCCGGGUCACGUGGCCAGCGUGAUGAAGCUGCUCUGGCGAGCCAGCACCAGCGCAGCACACGGAAACGCCGUUUACCUUCCCGCUAUAAAGCGGUAUCUAUUUAUCUACUUGCACUUAGGGGUGCUUUCGAACUGCUAGGUGGGCAGGAGCUGGGACCGAAAGACGGGAGCUCACCCCGCCGCGGGGAUUCGAACCGCCGACCAUGCGAUCGGCAAGCCCUAGGCACUGAGGUUUUACCCACAGCGCCACCCGCGUCCCUCAGUACUAGCGUACAAAGCCCCAAAUAGCUUGAGACCCAAGAGUGCUUUCACCAGUACCUUCCAACCCUAAAUCUGCAGCCUAGGGAAGAGCCCCUUCAGUAGGAGAAGUUAAAUACAUAUUUUUGGGAAACAGUGUUCCCUAAUAUAGUGGUUUAAUGAUCAGUCCUUCUUCCCAGGGAACUCUGGGAACUGUAGCUCUCUGAUAGAGAAUAGGGGGUCUCCUAACAACUUAGCCCCACCCCUGUUAACAAACGGCAGGUCCCAGAGUUCUUUGUAGGAAGCCAUGACCAUCAAAGGGAUAUCAUAGUGAUUUAAAUGCAUAGUACGAAUGUGACCGAAGAGUUCUUCUCUGCUUCGCUUUCUGGAAGAGAAGCUGUCCUUGUCAUGGAGGACUGGUGUAAUGUUUUAAGUUCCAGAGAUUAAAUAUUGCACAUAACUCGUAACAAGCUCAUUCUGCUGGCGCUGAUCCUAAUGUAGCCAAAAUGACACCACCCAGACAGAAGGAAGAUGUUCAGCAAAAUGCCAGAAGUUUACAGAAGCACAAAAAUCCUUUUUUAAUAAUAUUUUUUUAUUAGUUUUUAGCUUACAAAAUUUUAAAAACAUACCACACAAAUUAUUACACACAUAUUCUUAUUUAGACUUCCUUCAGCUCCUCUGAUAAUCCUCUGUCAUAAUCACAUCUCCUGCAAUUCUUAACAUAAUAUUGCCUUUAUAUUUCUUAACAGAUCAUCUCUCUCUUUCCAUUUUUACAAUAUUUCUUAAAUUACUCCUCACAGAACUUCUUGUAAACCUACAAAUGUAGUUUGAUCAUCACAAAUACUUUUCAAAUACUCUAUAAAUUUAGUCCAGUCUUCGGUAAACCUCUGGUCCCGCCGGUCUCGGAUCCUUCCUGUUAGCUUAUCCAAUUCUGCAUAGUCCAUUAAUUUCAUCCUCCAUUCUUCCAACGUUGGUAAUUCUUCUUGCUUCCAUUUUUGGGCCAGUAAUAUUCUUGCUGCAGUUACCGCAUAUAAAAAAAGCUUACAGUCUUUUCUAUUUAUCUCAUUUCCAACAAUACCCAAAAGAAAUGCUUCUGGUUUCUUUAUAAAUGUAUACUUCAGCAUUUUUUUCAACUCAUUAUAUAUCAUCUCCCAGAAACAUUUCACCUUUUUACACUCCCACCACAUAUGAUAGAACGAUCCUUUAGGGGGGAAAAACAACGAUCCUUUAGGGGGAAAAAACCCUGAAGGGGUGGGUGUCUCUCUCUCACACACACAUACCCCCACUCCCAGCAAAGAACAGCCCAACCCAAUGAAGUCACAGCAUGUUUGGUGUAGGGUUACCAGACGCCCCCGGAUUUGCAAAUCUGUCCCUGGGAAACGUGACAGUGGCAGCCCCAGCAGCCCAGAGCCAGCCUGGUAGUGCAGUUGGCUCUGGCUGGCUUCAGGAGCUACUCGCUGCUGUGGUGCCCGCCAUUUUUCCUCGCUGGAAGUCCCCAUAUGAUGUGUGUGAUCUAAACUGCAGCAUUUUGUUGCAGGUUCUGUUUCUCAUCUUCUCUCUCAGUCCUUGUCUGAAUUAGGAAACAUCUAUCUCCAAAAGGAAAUUUACUGAUAUCUGAUUCUGGCCAGCUCCUGAAUGCAGGGCGAGUUCAGACUUGCCUUGCCUUACAUCCUAUUAAAGCAGGCUAUUUUGUUGCAUCAGUUUUGCUUCCGGGAUUCCUAUGAAUCUACACCCAAGUCUAUUGUUCAGGGCUUUCAUGCUGGAGUUAGCAGGGGCUAUUCUCUCAUACGACCUCUGACAAUGGAGGUAGAACAUAGUCAUCCUGGCUAGUAGCCAUUCAUAGCCUUACUCUCCACAAAUUUGUCCAAUCCUCCUUUAAAGCCAUCUGAAUUGCUGGCCAUCGCCUCCUCCGGUGGGUGUGAGUUCCAUAGGUUUAUUGCGCACUAUAUGUGAAGAGAGGUACUUCCUUUUAUCUCUCCUGAAUCUUCCAGUAGCCAAGGUGAUGACAGUUUGAGCUAAAUGGCUUCUAGAAUAUUUUCCAGCUCUUUUGGCUAAGAUCAAGUGUAGUAUCUAGAGUAUUUUCCAGCUCUAAUCCUAGGCUCUUCUUGAGACAUGCAACUCUUUGUUUUGUAAUUUUGCCCAUUUCUUCCAACACAGGAGACAGCAGAACACUUCUUGGAGUAGGUCUUUCUAUAAAAUGACUGUCUGGUUGUGAAUUUGCUUUGCAUGAUUAACUGAAAGCUCAAACCAUUUUCUUCCUCAGAGUCCUGGAAGCUUGUGGCUCCUCCCUUCCGAAGUGAAAGAUGGUUCUGCUACGGCAGUUUGGGCUUCUUCUCUGGAAGAAUUACAUCUUGCAGGUAAGAUUACAGAGAGUCGUUCAACAUGGGUAAGAGGGUGGAAAUGGAGAACAGAGAUGUGGAGGUCAGACCUCUGCAUUCUUGCUGCCAAUGUACCUCGCUUUAAGGCCCCAUCUGCACUAUACAGUACAUAUAUUUAAAGCUGUGACAUACCGCUUUAAGUAGUCAUUGCUUUCUGGGAAGUGUAGUUUGUUAAGGCUGCUGAGAGUUGUUAGGAGACCCCUAUUCCCCUCAUAGUGCUACAGUUUCCAGAGUUCAUUGGGAAGAGGGAUUGACUGUUAAACCACUUUGGGAAUUGUUCGCCAUCUUGAGCGGUUGCUGAACAGCUUGGUAGGUUUCUGGAUGAAACAUCGGCUCUGGAUCCAUUCCAGUCUGGCUUCCGCGCUGGUCAUGGGACCGAGACGGCUCUGGUCGCCCUAACAGAUGAUCUCCGCAGGCAGCUGGAUCGAGGCGGGUCGGGGCUGCUGAUUCUUCUAGACCUGUCAGCAGCCUUCGACAUGGUUGAUCACGAACUCUUGGACCACCGCCUUGCCGACGUGGGGAUCCAGGGCACAGUCCUUCAAUGGCUGCGCUCGUUUCUCUCCGGUCGGGGACAGAGGGUGGCGCUUGGGGGGGAAUUGUCAUCCCGCCACUCCUUGGUGUGUGGAGUGCCUCAGGGUGCGAUACUCUCCCGAUGCUUUUUAACAUCUUUAUGCGCCCCCUCGCCCAGCUUGUCCGGAGUUUUGGGCUGGGUUGCCAUCAGUAUGCCGAUGACACCCAACUCUAUCUGUUGAUGGACGGCCAUCCUGACUCGGCCCCAGACACACUGACCAGAUGUUUGGAAGCUGUGGCUGGAUGGUUACGUGGAAGCCGGUUGAAGUUAAAUCCUUCGAAGACAGAGGUCCUCUGGCUGGGACGGGACGAUAUGGGAUUGGGGGCAACUCCCAUCUCUUGCGGGGUGCAAUUAGUGCCAGCACCGUCCGUUAAGAGUUUGGGUGUAAUCUUCGAUACCUCCCUCUCUAUGGAGGCGCAGAUUACAGCUAUAACAAAGGCGGCAUUUUUUCAUCUCCGCCAAGCUAAGCAGUUGGCCCCUUAUCUUUCUCACCCUGACCUAGCCACUGUGAUCCACGCGACGGUCACCUCCAGACUGGAUUAUUGUAACUCGCUCUACGUGGGGCUGCCCUUGAGACUGACCCAGAAACUCCAGCGGGUGCAGAAUGCUGCGGCGAGACUCCUUAUGGGGUCUUCGCUGCGAGAUCACAUUCAUCCGGUACUAUACCAGCUGCACUGGCUCCCGGUGGAGUACAGGAUCAGGUUUAAGGUGCUGGUUUUAACCUUUAAAGCCCCAUACGGCCUAGGACCCUCGUACCUACGGGACCGCCUCUCCUGGUAUGCCCCACAGAGGAGCCUACGGUCUGCAAAUAAAAACAUCCUGAAGGUCCCAGGCCUCAGAGAGGUUAGGCUGGCCUCAACUAGAGCCAGGGCUUUCUCGGCUGUGGCUCCAAUCUGGUGGAACGCUCUGUCACAAGAGACUAGGGCCCUGCAGGACCUGACAUCUUUCCGCAAGGCCUGCAAGACAGAGUUGUUCCACCAGGCCUUUGGUCAGGGCCCAGCCUGACUCCCUCCUCUGGCAACCUGCACAGAACUUUGCUUAACGGUUGCCAUUAAAUUGAUUUUAAUUAAUUUUUAUAAUGAAAUGUUUUAGAAUGUUGGAUUAUUUGAUUGUUUGAUUAUUUGUUUGUUGUUAGCCGCCCUGAGCCUGGCUUUGGCUGGGGAGGGCGGGAUAUAAAUAAAAUUUAUUAUUAUUAUUAUUAUUAUUAUCUAGUGAUAAAUGAAAUAAUAAAAUUUCAACAAAGCCUUAUUUCAAGAGCAAAGCAAAGCAAAUAACCAAUGCGAACAAUUGGGAAGGAAGGUGUUUCUUCCUGUGUAGCUCGUACAAAACUUGGGCAAUGCAAACAUAUCUAACUAAGGUGUGUUUGUUUUGCUUUGUAUUAAAUGUUGAUAUGUCUCUGUGGGCUGGAUUGAAAGAUGCUUACUUGAGAUUUUGGCCAUGGACUAAUCCUAUGAUCCCAUGCCAGGGUUAAUCUCCUUUAGUCUCUCUCUUAUUGCACCUGUCAGGUGUAAAUGGAUCUUCCAUUGCGAAUCAAAGAGCCCACUAGGUCAUAAGGUGGUGGCCUACAAUUGCGUAUCACUGUGUUAGUUGCACAACUCAUCUGCCUCAUCUGCACUGUAUCAGAGGUCAGUUUGCAUAGAAGGCUGGUUUUAUACCAAGUCCAUCUUGACCAUCAAUCCCCCUUGACCAGGGGACUGGCAAAGCUUCUGAAGGGUUGUGUGCAACCUUUCCAAGCUCUGCUGCUUGAAAUCCUUUUCAGUGGAGGUGCUCAGGAGGGACAUGGAGCCUUCUGCCUCAAAGCAUGUGCUCCACUCCAGAGCUGUGACUUCCUCCCAACGAUGAUUGUACACUGCAUAUGAAACAAAGGUAGCAUAAACCAAGGCUUCCCAAACCACAGGCUUUAUUCAAGUGGCAUCCAUAAAAAUGCAAUUAAAAUCAUACAGCAUCUAGCACAAUGCAUUACAGUUGCUACAACAGGCAGAAAAAUUAUUCCUUGUUCCAUCAAGACCCUCAGGAAUUUUCAAGUGGGGGAAAAAGUUUGGGAGCCACUGGUGUAAACAACAAUCUUGUGGCACAUAUAACAAAAUUAGUGGAGAAUAGCUUAAAUUACCCAAUGCAUGAAGCAUUUUCCUGUGUUGCUAGUAUAAAUACACAUGCUUGGGAGAGGGAGAGAAAUGUCAACCAUAAAGUGUCAAAACCAGGAAGGGCAAAAGUACAAAGGGAUAUCUCCAAAGGGAUAAUAAAAUAUUAACUCAUACAAAUAUUCCCUUCACAAAUAAUAAAGAUAUGUAAAAAUCAAUGUAUUCUCCACCUGUGAAUUCCAUCAUUGAGAAUAAAGGUUCUAUAAAGUCAUAGAUGAGCCAGACAUUUUAUAUAUACUAGUGUUACCGAGUGAGUAUGUGCCUCAGUUUUUGUAUAAGAAAUUACGUCAUGCCAUAUGGGGUGGGGGGAGGUUCAUUUGAGUUCUGCCAUUUAGAUACUUUUAGUUUACAAGCACUCUUGUCAAGGAGGGCAAUUUGCCAAACCCUAGAGUACCAACAAUCCAGAUUAUUAAGACUGAAGUUUGACAGUAACAAUUAUAUAAUAGGCAAUGACCAUUCACAGAAGGCACCUCCAGGCAAGGGUUUAAUACUUCAAACAAGUCAUUCACCUAUUGCAAACAAGUUACUGGCAAACAAGUUUCUUGAGCUUACUGGAUUUUCCAUGGAAAGGGUAAAUUCUGAUUCAUUGGGGGGGGUGCGCUACAGGGUGGCAUUUUGAUGCUGUCAGUGCCAUGUGGAUGCUGUGAGGGGAGGGGGGAGAAUGCUUCAUGCACCAAUCCCACAAUACACAGAAAUCCUGACAUUUGUUAGGUAACUGGCUCAAAUAGUGUGUCCAUGUGAUUUAUCCUGAUUCAAGCCACAGGUGAGAGAAUUGCAUUAUGACUGCAGAGGAAAAGGUUCUGCUUGAUACCAGCCUGUUAUGUGAAUGUAUGGGAUUCCUAGCCCACUCUGAUAGGUACAAGAAAUCCUACGUACACUGCACAUUGACCCAGCAAAGAGGAGGAAUAGGCAAAUGGUUUAAAUGCUUUAUGAAUUUCCUUGGCAAUUCAUUGCUUAACCAUUGUCGUUUUUGUUUGUUUUUGUUUUGGAGAUUGCAGAACUGCCUGUACUUUACUUAAUGAAUAAAUCCACCCAUACCACCCACCUUUUUCAUCCAAACCAACCCCACCCCCAGAGCCCCAUUUCUUGUAACUUGACCUGCUUGCAAAGUCUUGUGUAGAGUGUAGUAAUAUAUGUAGAGUGUAGUAAUACAUAUGUAAGGCAAUUACAAAAGCUGUGGUCACUCCUGAUCGCAUGUCUACAGUAUUUAUGACUGGAUUGGCAGCUCUUCUCCAUGGGUGAAGAUCUAGAUGCCUUGGCAAGUUCUAUCUGCAGUUGCUGUAAAGGCGCAUGAGCAGAGACUGGCUCUCUGUACUUUGUUUGCUAGCUCAAAGGAGGCACGAAAUGGCUACAUGCAGAGGAGCAAGUCAUCCCCAUAUCUCAGUUUAUUAAGCUGAAAAGGUUAUUGGUCCCAAAGAUGCUACAGUGCUCUUUGGACUUGAUCUAGAGGUGAUCCCUUGGACACGGUCUCAAUCUCACUUGAUUACAGGUAUGAAAGAGAAAUGGCCAAGAUGAAAAUUAAGUGCCCUGGAAUUGCUUUUUAGAAAUAGUUCAAUAAGUUGGCAAAUAAUUUACUGCAGAAACAGAAAGUUGUGUCGUCGUCAUCGUUAUUAAUAUUUUUAAUUAAUGAACUUAGUCACUUUUUUUUACAAAAUGUAACUCAAAGUGAUUUACAACAAAAUAGCACAUACAAUAAAAGCAACACAGAACUAAAACACACUUAAAGCUAAAAACACAUUCAAAUUUAUAAAAAAAAUGAGGGCUAAAACAUCACACCCACUGAAGGGCACAAUAGAUAAUUAAAGACGAAUGCCAACAACAAAGGCCUGGCAUAAAAGAAACAUUUUGACCUGGCACCUAAAGAUAGGCAACAAUGGUGUCAGAUGUGCCUCCCUGGGGAGAGCAUUCCAUAAGCAGGGAGCCAGCGCUGAGAAGGCCUGUUCUCAUGUCGGUUGCUAGCAGACAGCCCCUCGUUGAUGGCUCAGCAUGUCAAUUCUUAAGUUCUAGCAGCAGCAAAGAGUAACUUGCUGGGGGUGCAGCAUGGAUAGCAACACCUGAUCUACACUUGCAGCCGUUUCCCACCCAGGGGAAAGGAUUCCAUGCCAAGCUAAACACAUAUACCUGGUUUGUUUUGCAGAAGCGACAGAUUUUGGUCACGAUCAUAGAGAUCUGCCUGCCAUUGUUGUUUGCUGCCAUCCUCAUUGCCCUCCGUCACAGAGUACAGGCGGUUGACCACCCGAAUGCUACCACCUAUCACAGCCUUCUGGUGUCUAAGCUUCCUGUCUCCCCUCAUUGGCACCCAUACAACUUGGAGCUGGCCUAUGUCCCCGCUAACAACACGGCUGUGAAGAGCAUCGUGGAGACUGUGGCGAAGGCACUGGAAAUCAAUACCAAAGGUCAGGAACUAGGCAGGUUGUCUGCAUGUGCAAAUGUUUGCUCCUCUGUAGCAUAACGCCCCCUUGGUGUUCUUUCUUAGUCUUUGGCUUUGGCUCCGCCUACUGUUGGGCUCCUUACCUUCUGCUCAACCAGUCCCAAUGGGCACCAGUUGCCACUGGAUGGGGGAAAGUCUGGAGUUAGCUGGCUCUGCUUGUCACUGGAUCUGGCUCCACCUGCUGCUGGACUCUCUGCCUUCCUCCCUACAAAAACCCAUAGACACCAGUCACCACUUCUUGAAUGAAACACCUUGCCGCUCCUGUUCCCCACCCCCCACCUCGCACACUCAUUGUGUAUUUUGUUUUCCUUGCAGUUCGAGGCUUCCCUUCUGAGAAAGCCUUUGAAGACUACAUCAGGUUUGACAACCGCUCUGGCAAUGUUCUGGCUGGCAUUGUCUUCGAAAACCUCUUAGCUCACAGUCAAGAGCCCCUGCCACUGCAGGUAAGGUGUUACGGGGGCAGGUUUCACCCAAGGUUUCUCAAGUUGAUAAAGCAGGGGUGGGGGACUUUUGUGGGCAUGUGUGGCUGGGAGCCAUCUUGGAAAAUUUAACUUGGCCAGUGAGUGGCAGCUAUUAAUGCACAGUUAAUUAGCAGGUGCUUCCAGACAGCCUGUUAUAGUGAGCAUUCAUUUUGCUUUGUUGCAGGGAGUUUAGAUGAUAUUGGCUAUUUACAGUGGUACCUUGGUUGUCAAACUUAAUCUGUUUCGGGAGUCUGUUUGAAACCAUUCGGAAACCAAGGCACAGCUCCCGAUUGGCUGCAGGAACUUCCUGCACUCAAACGGAAGCUGUGUCUGAUGUUUGGCUUCUGAAAAACAUUCGAAAACCGGAACACUUACUUCCAGGUUUGUGGCGUUCAGGAGCCGAUUGUUCGGCAGCUAAGCCAUUUGGGAACCAAGGUUCCACUGUAAUGAGUAAUCAUUUUGAUUUGUUUGCUGGGAGAUUGGCUUUUGCCAGUUUUUCUAUAUUGUUAUGUGGGUUUUUAAAUUUUUAAUUCCUCUUGCAGGUGAGUUACCGACUGCGUUUCAAAUACAGCCCUAGGAAUGCCCCUCGGAGUGAGCAGACAGGCCUGAACCCUAACCUGGACCGCGAUUGGCACACCAGCUACCUCUUCCCGCUGUUCCAGUUACCAGGACCCAGAGAACCCAACUUGCACGAUGGAGGGACACCAGGUGAGUAAUCUCUGGGCUGGGAGUUCAUGGAGAAAGUUAACUACAUGAGUAUCAGGGCACAGGAACAGAUGAAGCUGCCUUAGACCAGGUCAGACUCUUUGAGCACCAUAGAUUAGCACAGCCUCCCCCUGACUGGCAGUAGCUCAGGAGAGUCUCAGGCAGAGGCUUCUCAUAUUCCAUGCUGCCUAGUACAUUUUAAACUGGAGAUGGCAAGUAUGAAACCUGGGACGUCUUGUGUGCAAAGGAAGUUAUCUGUGACAUGAACAAUGGUCCCUCCCCAAAGGGAUCUACCAGGCUGAUGUUUUUUUGUCUGAGUAUGUAUUCUGUUCUGCGGUUUUUAUUGGAGAUGGUGUUACUUUAGGUUCUUGCAUCUGAGGCCAUUUAGGACCUUGCAUGCUAAUAAUAAUACACUGAAUUGUUCUGCAAUACGUCCCCAAUUUUACCGCAUUAUUGCCACCUGGCUUUGUAGAGCUCAGUAGCUAGGAGGAUGGAGACAAAACUAGAGUUGGUUCCACCUAUCAUUGACUCUGACUCCACCCUGAGCGAGUCUCCUUGCCUCCUGCCCUAUGAGUCCUAAUGGGCACCAGCUACCACUGGGGAGUCUGUGGCCCUGCAAAUGUAGAUGGACUCCUGCUCCCUUAGCCCUCAGUCAGGGCUGAUGGAGGCUGUAGUCCAACAAAUGCCUGGAAGGUCACCAGUUCUCCACUCUUGCUGUUGUGGUUGUGAAGACAAAAUGGAAGUGAAUAGAAUCUUGCAGCCAUCCUGAGAUCCUCGGAGGAAAGAUAAAAAUAUGAUGCCCCCCCCCCAUUUUAAAAAAUGGAACUUGCAUUCAGCUGUCAUAGCUGAUGUAUGAUCUUCCUAGAACAAAUUGUGCUGUUAACUUAAUGAACUGUGUGGCUAUAGAUGUGGGUGAGGGCUCCCCUCAUCAGAUGGCAAGCAAGGCUUUUUGGGUAAAUACACAAUCCAUAAAUGGCUGUUUUUUUCCAAAGCGACUAGAAACUGCUUAAAAGCAGGCCCACUCUGCAUUGCACACACACAGCCAUGCUGCUCCACGAAGCCUCUGGUGGCAGGCACCAGCGCAAAACUAGGGCAUCGCUGGCCAGCACAGGCUGUGAGAAGCAGGAGGUCUCGUUUCCAGCUGCCUACUUGUUUAUCAUUUAAAGGACAAGCUGUGUGCAUCGCCUGCCUCUCUCUCGAACCCACUUUCAUUGUCUCCUUGGCUCACUUACGCUGGAGGAGUGAGCGGCGGAAUGCAUUUAAUUAGCAGCUUAACAAAUGGCUGCAGUUGCAGAGAGUUGGCAGAACUGCCGGCACCUAGGCUUGGCAUGUUUUCGUGUUAGUCAUCUCCUAAUUGGAACAGGGUUGGUGAAAUUCUUCUGCUGCAAAGACACAAUGACAUUUGGCGGCUAAUAUGCACAUCUUAGGUCUAGCUGCAAACUGCAUGGAUAUGUCGUUUCAACAAUAGAAGAGAAUUUAUGGGGGUAGGAGGAUAGGGGGCUUGGAAAGAAAAUACAGAGAUGAUGGUGAUGGUGAUAUUGAUUUAUACCCUGCCCUUUCCCCUGGCAUGGACUCAAGGUGGCUCAAGAUUUUAAUAAUAAUAAUAAUAAUAAUAAUAAUAAUAAUAAAAAAAAAUUUUAUUUAUAUCCCGCCCUCCCCAGCCGAAGCCGGGCUCAGGGCGGCUAACAACAAUAAAACAGUACAAAAGUACAGCAUAAACAACACUCUAAAAUCAUUCAUUAUAAAAUUAAUUAAUUCAAGCCACUGGCACCCAUUGGGCCAGAGCUCCGCGAAGAUUGCCGAGGUAGGGAGUCAGGCUGUGCCCUGGCCAAAGGCCUGGUGGAACAGCUCUGUCUUGCAGGCCCUGCGGAAAGAUGUCAAGUCCCGCAGGGCCCUGGUCUCUUGUGACAGAGUGUUCCACCAGAUCGGAGCCACAGCCGAAAAGCCCUGGCUCUAGUUGAGGCCAGCCUAACUUCUCUGUGGCCUGGGACCUUCAAGAUGUUUUUAUUUGAAGACCGUAAGUUUCUCUGUGGGGCAUACCAGGAGAGGCGGUCCCGUAGGUACGAGGGUCCUAGGCCGUAUAGGGCUUUAAAGGUUAAAACCAGCACCUUAAACCUGAUCCUGUACUCCACCGGGAGCCAGUGCAGCUGGUAUAGCACCGGGUGAAUGUGAUCUCGCAGCGAAGACCUCGUAAGGAGUCUCGCUGCAGCAUUCUGCACCCGCUGGAGUUUCUGGGUCAGUCUCAAGGGCAGCCCCACGUAGAGCGAGUUACAAUAAUCCAGUCUGGAGGUGACCGUCGCGUGGAUCACAGUGGCUAGGUCAGGGCGAGAGAGGUAAGGAGCCAACUGCUUAGCUUGGCGGAGAUGGAAAAUUUUACAGAUAAUAUCUCAGCUGUGAUUCUAACUUGUAGGAAUUUAGGUUUCCAAGAGGUUUGAGGAUCCCAGAGAGCACACUGCAGCUUUUGAUCACAGUCACAUGAUACGUUUAAAGCAUCCAAGGCUUCCCCAGAAGAACCCUGGGAACUGUAGUUUGUUGAAGGUGCUGGGAAUUGCAGCCCUGGGGUGGGUAAACUACAGUUCCCAGGAUUCUUUGGGGGAAGCUAUGCACUUUAAAUGUGUGUUAAAUGUGCUUUAAAUGCAUUGGUGUGGAUGUGACCUUUUAAGUCUCAUGUCCGCAUGUAUCUAUGCAUUUGCAGAAUUAUUUAUAUACCACCAAUAGUAUAAACUGUUGGGGUGAUGUAAAUGGUGAGACAUUACUUCGUUGUUGUAAUAAAAUACUAGGUUGGCGAUUGAGUAUGUAAUUAUAAUGGUGAGUAGAGAUCAUAGAGAGUGCUGGAACUAAUAGGCCUUAAACUGUGGGAGCGUCUAGGCCUGUAAUUCCACACUGAACUUCAGUAACUGGCAUAAGAAGUUAUGCAAAUGUUUGCCAUGUGAGAUGUAUUUGCUUGAUUUACAGGCUUUGUUUGGGCUGAAGCCUUGUUGCUUGUUUUAAAUAAAUUCCCAUAUUUUGUUAGAGUCCGAACAUCCUACUAUAACUUAGCCUUCCUUGUUGAUUACUAACAAUAAUUGCACUAUCUUGUCUGCAGGAUUGUAGUGUAAGACAUGUGAAGCAAAGGCAAGAGGAAGGGAAUGGAGGAAGAUAGCCCCACAGUUAAAAUAAGUCAGUUAAUUAGACAGGGCAUGGGAGCCUGGUCGUUUUUUGAGAGGCGCUGACCUCCCUGUAACCUGUUUAUUCAGCACUCAUCCUGAUUUGCUUACAUGAACUUUAUGCAGGGAUUAGAUUAUAUCUCAUUUUUAUUGAGCAUUCAUUUUGAUUUGUUUAUGGAACAGUUCUGUAUUGUAAGAACAUAAUAAGAGCUGGCUAGGUCAAGCCAAUGGCCUAUCUAGUCUAGCACCCCCUUCUCCCAGAUGCCUGUGGGAAACCAUCAGGCAGGACCCAAAUACUAUGAUACCAUUUUAAACAGCCUUGGCUUCCCCCAGAGAAUUAUGGGAACUGUAAUUUGUUUAGGAUGAUGAGUAGGGCCAGCCCAGGAUGUUUUGCUGCUUGAGGCAAAAAAGAAAAUGGCGCCGCCUCCUUCCCCUCCUUCUCGGCCUGAGGUCACUGCAGGAGACCGGGGGAAAUUUGGUGUGCACACUUUUCUCUCGUAAAACUUCCUCAGCUACAGCUUUAGCUUCUACUGGAUUUGUUGAUUGGCAUCAGGCUUAUCUUGUGCAAACUCUAAAAAUCAUAUGAACUCUAUGCUAACACACUUAAGCAAGCAAGUGUGGUCAAAUGCUCUCAUCAACACUCGAAGAGUGAAUCAAAGCAUAGCAAGAUUACUUGGAGGCACAUACCUCAGGGAGUUAUUUGGCAAAUUGUGAUGAGAAUGAAUAGCAAGCAAAAUUUACUGUACCGGAUGUAGAGUACAAAACUUUCAAAAGAAGGCAGAAAGUAGGGGGGGAACCUAAUGAUGGGACAGCACCCAUAGUCCUAGAUGAAUUUUCUCCAAGAGAUAAGUUUAGGGUAAAUUCAUUUAUCCCUGUCAUGGAUGCUCUUGAAGCCAAUCUAGGCAGAAGAGCAACAGUGAAUAGGAGUGUGGCUGGCAAUUUUUCAUUUUUGUUGAAACUGCAAGCAACCAAGGAGCAGAUUCACAAUGGCAUUGAGAUGUUGGUGCAAGAGUAUCCAAAGAUGACCUUUUGCACUCCCACCUGUACAGGCUCAUGCUGAAAAGCCACCAAGAUAUAUAUCAAAUAAUAUUUCAGGAGAAAAUUUGGACUACUUUUCCAAAUGUGGAAGCAAUUUUCAGAUUGUUCUUGUAUUUAAUGGUUACAAACAGAAUGGUUGUCUGAUCUAAGCAUUCUACUGCCUAGAAAAUGAUAAACUGUGACUUCCUGAUUUUAAUGAUAUAAUAGAGAAGUUUGCGUCAAAAAGAGCUCGAAGGAAACUGUUCUGACUUUGUAUAUAGUGAAAUGUUAUAGUAUAGGUAUGAUUCCCCUAUGAAUGUGCAGUGUGAAUGUCUUCAUUAAUUCCAUACUUCUGUAAAAUUAUUAAAGGUUAUAAAUGUGUAAACAAUUUAAUCAAUGCCAAAAAUUCAGCAACAUUCUACUUCCAUUGAGCAGAUAAAGAAGAGGACUAGGUUUUAUUGCUCAUGAUCAGAAGACCUCCUAGCCCUGGGCCUCCAGCUGUUUUAAUCCAGGCCUGGAGGGGGGCAGAAAGGAGGCUGGAGAGGAACAGGCAGGGGGAGGAAGAGGAGGAGAAGAAAAAGAAGUGCAGGAGGCAGCAAGCAGUGCCUUCCUGUGGGCCCUGACUUGCCCCCCGCGGCUGUCCCCAGCCUGCCACCUGAGGUGACUGCACCACUGAGCAGUGAUGAGAGAUGUUAAGAGACCCUUAUUCCCCUCACUGAGUUAGUACAGUUCCCAGAUUUCACAGUGAAGAGAGAUUGUCUGUAGAACCACUCUGGGGUCUCCUGAGGACUCUCAGCACCCUUAACAAGUUGUGGCUCCCAGAAGUCUUGGUGGGGGGUUGGAGGGAAGAGCCAUGACUGUUUAAAGUGGUAUGAUAGUGAUUUGUGAUGUGAAUGUGGCCUCAGUAUCAGACAACUUCUGUGAUGUCCUUUCUGACCCCCUCCUCUUGCUUCCUUAGGGUAUUACCGAGAAGGCUUCCUGGCAGUGCAGCAUGCUGUGGACAAGGCAAUCCUGCAGUCCCACACCAACACUUCUGUGGAAAGUCUGCUGGAAAAGUUCAUGGUGGUCAUUCGCCGUUUUCCCUACCCACCCUACGUCAAUGACCUCUUUGUGCUGGCCAUUCAGAACCAGCUUCCCCUGCUGCUCAUGCUGAGCUUCACCUAUACCUCGCUCAACAUAGUCCGUGCUGUGGUGCAUGAGAAAGAGAAGAAGCUGAAGGUAAUGCAGUGAUAAGUGCUUCUGGCAGUCCAGGCUAGGCAGCAAGUCUAUCUGUGUGGAUUUCUGCAUCUGCCAUGUGUAUAGCUGAAUUUGCAGUUGCACCAAACUCCUAUUGACUUUGGGAGUCUAAUCCCAGAAUUUAUUAUUCCCAGAGAAUCAUAGGGUUGGUUCCAGCUAGGUCCUACUCAGAGUAAACCCACUGGACCUGUUAGUCAUGUUCAUUAAUUUCAGUGUGUGUUCUCUGAGUAGGUCUUAGCUGGAUACCACCCUUGGCUUCCAUCCAUUUUUUGGAAAGAGAUUGAGGUCCCAUCUGCACUAUACUUUUAAAGAAGUCAUAUUUCAUAUAAAAAGGCAGGUAGCUGCUCGCUUCUUGCUUGCAUAUGUUUUGGAAACAGUAAGUGAUCUUACAGCGAGCAGGAAAACUGAAGAGCAAUCUAUAUUGACUGAUCUUUUGCAUGGAACUGAAGGGGUACGACUGGUUUUGAAAGAUUAGAAAAGACAAACUUGGGCAGAAGAAUGUGUCCAGUGUUUGCUGAUUGCCCUUAUCUGCUGAAAAGAACUAUAAACGUUCAUAAGUGCUCCUUGGAAGGGAGAAACUGGCUAUGGGAUUCAAGGGAUGAAUAAUGUUGGGAUGGAGUUAAUGUUAGAAGAACCCAGUGGCUUGCAUGAGGUUAUGAUGAAUUUUUGCAUCCGCAGGAGUACAUGCGAAUGAUGGGCCUCAGUAACUGGCUGCACUGGAGUGCCUGGUUCCUCAUGUUCUUCCUCUUCCUCUUGGUCUCCAACUUCUUUGUCACCAUCCUCUUCUGCGUAAAGGUGAGCAUCUCCCAGCUGGCAUUGAAACUUAACACGCACAUCAGGGUUGGCAGCACACUCUGCCUUCCAUUUUCAAGGUUUCUUUAGUCUGUAUGUUGCUGCUGAGUUCUGAGUAGAUAAUGGGACUAACCGCAGGGUAUUGAUUUUUGCAGGUGAGCAAACAGGGAGCGGUGCUCACAAAUAGUGACCCCACUCUGGUGUUUACCUUCUUGACAGUCUUCUCCAUCGCAUCCAUCUCCUUCAGCUUCAUGGUCAGCACCUUCUUCUCCAAAGGUAAGCAAAGUGUCCUUGGCUGUUUGUCCGUCAGGAUGAAAGAGUGACUGAUUUGCACAACCACUUCUCUCAGGCUGGCAGAAUCUGCUGGCUGCUGCUUAGCCCACGUUUGAAAAGUUUGUUGCCUUUCAGGCCCUGCUUUUGGUCAGUGGAAGGCAGAAAGUAGAUCCAGAUCUGCUGGCAGAUCCCUUUGUGCCUCGAAGCAGAUUAACAUAGGUGCCUGGAGGAGAUUGGGAAAUAUUCCAAGAAUGGCAGCAAAAAAAUGGACCUCACUAAUGAAGCCCUACCCAAUAAAGAUCACAUUCAUAUUAUGUUAAUAGACGCUAAGCUCACAAUUUCACAUUACUAGAAAGCGGAUAAUGAAAUUUCUGUUGAUAAAUGGUAUGACAGAUGCUGGAUUAUUGCCCUGUUAGAGAAGGUUACCAAUAAUAUAAGAACCAUGAAAGGCAAAUCAAACCCUAUGAACCACAGUGCAGUCUGGGCACCCUUUUUAUUUUGUGUACAUCAACAUCUGAUACUGGGAGACAUCCACCAUCCUGGCAGAAAACAAUUUGAUUGACCUUGGUUGACUCUUUUGUCCAGUUAGCAAGACAGGGAAAGUCUAAUGUCAGUUUAUUUGUUGUGCCGGCAAAGGCAUGCAAAUUGUUAUCAGCUGUAAUGUGUAAUAAUCUCACCUGUGGUUUUUUUUUUGUCCCAUUUCCUGUUGGUUUUUAUGGUUUUCAGCUAUUUGCAUUUUAUAGUUUGGCUGUGAUUUCUUUUUCUUAUACUGCAGUGUCUAAGGAUAAUAAGUAGUUUUGAAAGGAAAGAAGAAGGAAAUGACUGCUCUCCCUGCAAAUUAUACUAGUCAUAGCUGUCAACGUUUCCCUUUUUUUAAGGGAAAUUCCCUUAUUCCGAAUGGGAUUCUUCGCAAGAAAAGGGAAAAGUUGACAGCUAUGAUACUAGUGAGAUGAAAUAAGCUAAGGCGAUGGGAAAGAGAGGGUGGCCAGCCGUGGAUGUUUGCUUGGAAGGGCUUUGAGUUCAGUUCAGUUCUGGUACUCAAAACAAAUUCUGGGGCUCACAUGAUGGUUCCUUUCUUGGCCCAAGGUUGUGGGGAGGAACGGAAGCACGUGCUCAUCCCUUGUUUGUUUUUAGCCCAACGAUAGGAUGUCCUCUUGGAAUCCACAGAGAGUCGGCCACAAGCUUAAUCUCAGUUAUCUGUAGGCAAUCCGAAAUUAAUCCCGUAGGACUUAUUUCUGAGCAGAUAUGGGUAGGACUGUGCUCUUAAGUUGCAGAGGCAGUUAACUCCUGUUUAUUCAGCCCCCUGGUGCGGCAUUCCACAGCUUUAUUGCUUCCAAGUUGAAAGUACAAGAAGCCAUGUUUUGUUUUGUUUUGUUUUGUUUUGUUUUGCUUUGCGUUUGGCCCCUCCUAGUUUCCCAGGGUGAUCAUAAGGCCAGGAAGCUGGUGGCGCUUUGUCUCGUCAUAUUCUGGAUUUGAAAUGUUAAUUAUGAGGUUAUGCAGGAGCAUCAGUGAUGUGCAUGAUAGCUGAUAACAGACGAGCAGCUGAGUGGAAAUUCCCCAGGGGUGUGGACUGCCACUUUGCAAACCUAAAAACACAUGCCUUUUUCUUCUGCUACUUUGGCCCGCUCAAGAUACAGGAUUGUCCAAGGGAGGGAAGUAGGUUGGGUUACCCAUUGCAUGUAACUUAGCCAUGGUUCCUAUGGCAGCUCGAUUUGUAGUCGAUAGUGCUUGUUGCCACUGGGACUGCAAAAUAUUCCCCUGCUCUUUUGUGAAGAUCAAGUUGCUAUUUCAAGCAUCAGAGCAGCUCAGGACUUUUUUUCUAGUUUUUUUUUCUUUUCAAAACUAACUGUCGUGUCCCUUGAUGCCUUUUUGCUUCCCCAGCACCACAUAUUGGGAUAGAAGUGAAUGAAUGAACUGGGAGGUCUCAAUAAUAUCCAUGCACGUAUAGUAUUUGCUACUGUACUGCUGAAUAGUAGGCUCAGCUUUCUUCCCCUAAAUAAAGCAUCAGAAAGGAGCCCUGUAGGUCAGACCAAAGGCUUAGCUAGUCCAGUACAGUAUUCUGUUUCCCACAGUAGCUGAUAACACUGAAUUUCCCUCCUUUGCAACAUAAUGCAUCCCCAUCAGUUUUUUUCCCUGCAGUGUGCCGAAAAACAGGGUGUGGAAUAGUCCCUGAGAUGAUGGCAUUGCUAGAUUUGAGCAUUGCAAAGUAUGCCAGAUUUAACUUAUAUUGUUUUUUUAAUUGACUAUUGUAUUUUAAUAUUUUGUUGGAAGCUGCCCAGAGUGGCUGGGGAAACCCAGCCAGAUGGGCGGGGUAUAAAUAAGAAAUUAUUUAUUAUAAAUUAUAUUAUUAAUAAAUAAGAAAUUAUUUAUUAUAAAUUAUAUUAUUAAUAAAUAAGAAAUUAUUAUUAUUAUUAUUAUUAUUAUUAUUAUUAUUAUUAUUAUGGUGGUGAUGAUGAUGAUGAAGUGGGGUGUAUGGGUGGAGAAUACCAAGGAAGAGGAGCUGUACAUGGCUUCCUUUCAGACGAAUUCGUAAAUGCUGCUCUGGGAACCACCGCUAGUCCCUGGUGUGUUUUCAACUAGUCCCAAGACCUCAGUUAUUAUCGCACAGGAAGAUGCCAAAGAGCAAGAGGUUUCUUUGACUCAGCCACUGCAUUCCGAAGAGGCAAGCCACCUUUCCACUUUCAAAUCUGAAAUGAAAUGUGGCUUGCCUCUUCAGCAUUUGAAGCAGCUGCCUGUAGAAACAUCAGAGGGUUUUGAGCUUUGUUGUCCCUCCCCCUCCCCCAUGGCAUGCUUAUGGUAUUAAUUGGAUCGCAGCUUUACAGCACAAGUUGUAAGGGGAGGAGACGCAAUUAUAUGUAGGGAGUAAGAAAACCAGAACUUUCAGCACAACAAAUUUUAUUGUAGUGCUCUAAGCCAACCCUGGGAUAGUAUGCCUCACUUUAAUGCAAUGCUGGGGACUUCUAGCCCAUGAGCCUAAUUAGGCCUGACGAGGCUCCUGAUUUGGUAGGUGUCCUUUUUCUGAGUGCAGCCGGUCCCUGCUAAAUCAGGAUUUGCACCCGGUACCUGGAAAUCCCACUGGAAUCAGCUGCAAAUGCAGCUAGUCCCUGUUGAAGGUGCCAGCAGCAACACCCCACCCCACCUUUGGCAGUUUAAUGGAUUGCAAUGUUUACAUGUCAAAAGCAACUCCAGGAAUUUGAGGCCUAAGCAGUGACUAUGCUAGGAACAGAUUGCAGAGUGAAAAACAGCCAGGUCUAGUGUGUCACUGCAACAGUAAAACUUGAAAAUCUUGUUUGCCCCUGGUUUUCAGAGUUGCGCCUGUAAUUCACUCUCUGGAAGAGGCGGGAUGUGACUAAGCACAGUGAACAAGUUUGUCGCUGUGGGAAUGCAGACGCAGACCCUUGUUCAGCCCACCCAUGCAACAGUUUUUCAUUUUGAUGCUUUUUAUACUGAAACCUUCCAGCCAAGCAGACAGUAAUUCAUUUGAGGUUUACAAGUUUAAUGUACCUGUCAUUGUGCAUUAACAACGCUUUCUUCUUAGUAGAAAACAUUGCACAUCAAAUCACAAAAGCAAUGCCAAUUUUAAUUGCGCUUUGUUCAUUUUUAACAGAUGAAAAAGUUAACAAAUAAAAACAUUGUUACUUAUUGUAUAAACAGUGAUAGAAUAUGUGUCAAGCAUGCGUCCAGUCAAAAGUUUCGCUGCAUAUGGAAUGUGAGUAUGUCAAGGAGAAGAGUUUGAGCCUGACCUCCUUCUUGAGGUGCUAGCUUUCCAAAUGCAGAGAGAUGUGUGUUUUAACUUGGCGGAGUGUUCAGAUCAUGUUCAGACUGCCCCACCUGCAGUCUGAAGUGAUACACUCCUGGAAAGGGUUUAUAGACGCCAUAUACAGUGGUACCUCGGGUUAAGUACUUAAUUCAUUCCGGAGGUCCGUUCUUAACCUGAAACUGUUCUUAACCUGAAGCACCACUUUAGCUAAUGGGGUCUCCUGCUGCCGCCAUGCCACCGGAGCACGAUUUCUGUUCUCAUCCUGAAGCAAAGUUCUUAACCUGAGGUACUAUUUCUGGGUUAGCGGAGUCUGUAACCUGAAGCAUAUGUAACCUGAGGUACCACUGUAUACAUAUAUAUAUUUCUUUUUUUAAAAAAAGAUUUAGACAUACAGUAUAAGUCUGGCGCAGGGGGUUGGAACCACAUAUAGGAGUAAUGAGCUUGCUCAGUGUACACAGAAUGCUGACUGACUGUUUUGGGGAAACAGGGAAGGAAAAGGAGACUGCAAUGGAGUGUCCAGGAAAAGGGUAUUAUCUUGCUGGGGUCCUGAGCAGGAGCACUCCAUGCUGCAAAUGUUUUUUGCAGGUCCCCCUUCAUAUUGCAUUUUGCUCCACAGUUUAAGGAGUCUAGGAAAAAAGGUGUCAGGACCACAUGACCCUCUUUUGCCCCUCCCUUCAUACACUGGUUUUGAUGCCACAAGUUGGGUUUCCACGAAACAAAGAGUUCCUAUUGAAUUUGUUAGUGCACAUGAAUCCUUGCUGUUGCCGUUAUUUUCUCUGAAUAUUGUCUCUCUUGUUUGCAUUCCCAGCAAAUGUGGCGGCAGCUGCUGGGGGCUUCCUCUACUUCUUCUCCUACAUUCCAUACUUCUUCAUCUCCCCACGCUACGACACGAUGACACACAACCAGAAGCUUUCGUCAUGCCUCAUUUCCAACGUCGCCAUGGCUAUGGGAGCGCAGUUGAUCGGCAUGUUCGAAGGGAAAGGUGAGUUGGCUAGGAUGCUUCUGGCCAGGCGAGAAGCCCACCCUCUUGGCUGGCUGCCAGUUUUUGUGGAUGCAAAUCCUCCUUUGGCAGAAACAGUUGAGCUGCUUUUGCUCUUUGUGCACGCGCAGGAAUGCACAGAGCCCAUUGUUAAACUAUGGAACUCUGCUGCACAGGAGGCAAUGUGGCUGCCAACUUGGGUGGUUUUUAAAAAAGAUUGGGCUAGUUCAUGGAGGAUAAGACUAUAGAUGGCUACUAGCCGUGAUGGCAGUGCUCUGACAGUAGGCCUGGUCAAUAUAUCAAUAUAUCACCCAGGAUUGGUACAAGGAGUAGACCAUGAUGUUAGCUUCACUCAGUGGUAUAUUGCUGGUGAAACCACCACCACUUCCGAGUCCCUCUGCUAGCUACAGUGGUACCUCGGGUUAAGAACUUAAUUCAUUCUGGAGGUCCGUUCUUAACCUGAAACUGUUCUUAACCUGAAGCACCACUUUAGCUAAUGGGGCCUUCUGCUGCCGCUGUGCAAUUUCUGUUCUCAUCCUGAAGCAAAGUUCUUAACCUGAGGUACUAUUUCUGGGUUAGUGGAGUCUGUAACCUGAAGUGUCUGUAACCUGAAGCGUCUGUAACCCGAGGUACCCCUGUACUUCUUCCAGCGAGUGUUGCCAUCACACUCUGCCCUCAUACUGCGCAGAAGGAGAAAAAAGCUUCAUUGGCGAGGCACCGAUAACAGCUUGUUCCUCUGCAUCUUUUAACUGCCUGGCUGAGGAGUGUGUGGUUGCUGCUCCCCUCAGAUGAGCAGUUAAAGGAUCCCCCAGUCCAGCGCUUGUUCCUGCGCAAGCGGGGGUGGGGGAAGCACCAGGGAUGACUCAGCUGGGGAUGGGGAGCCCUCCCCAUCGCUGGCAGAGCUGCCCAAAGGAGCCCCGCUGCUCUCCCUACUCAUUCGUGAGCGGGGAGAGCACCGGGGAUGACUGAGCUGGGAAUUGGGAGCCCUCCCGUGCCCCAGGUGAGCUGUACAAACAAGCUGCCUUGUCCCAGCCCGCUAGGCGCUGGGAUGAACCCUCCUCAGCUCCCACGGUGAGAGCAGCAGCAAUUUCUUUCCUUUUUUUCUUUUUUCUUUUGAAAAUCUUUAAUAAUUUUCACAUACACAAAUGUACAUAACAUAUAGUACAAAAGACGAUACAAAUGAAUAAAAACAAUAAAGUAAGGAAAGUUAGAAAAACAAACAUAAGCAAAUACAAUAUAUUACACUUUCAUAACAAAUUAAAAUAUGUAACUUCCAAUAAUUCUCAUUAUACUACUUAUGUUAUCUGUAUUCCUUGCACAGAUUCACAUUAUUUUAUUUUGCAUAUAGAUAGAUAAUCCACUAUUACAUUUUGAACAAUUCUUGGUUAUCAGUAUCACUCUAUUUCUGCAAGUUCGUACAGUACAUUUUCAAGUAUUCUUUAUAUAUUUUCCAUUCCCUAAAUACCUUUUGGUUUGACAUUCCUCUUAAGUUUUCCAGUCAGUUUUGCUAGUUGCUGAUGCCAAUGCAGCUUGUUUUUGAACAUCGCCAGACUGCGAUGUUUGGUUGGUUAUAUACUGUGAUGCUGAAAGGCUGAUAUCGGCCAGCCCUACUCCGCCAUAGGCAAUUCUUCUGAAUGCCAGUUGCUGGAAACCACAGGAAAGGAAAGUGCUCUUGUGCUCAGGUUCCCACAGACAUCUGGUUGGCCGCUGCAAGAACAGAAUGCUGGACUAGAUGGACCAUUAGGCUGAUCCAUCAGGCUCUUCUUAUAUCUUUAUGGCAUGGCAUGGGUUGCAGCAACCAGUGUGGUGUAGUGGUUAGAACGCUGGCCCAGGGCCCUGGGAAACCGGGGUUCGAAUCCCCACUAAGCUAUGUCGCUCACUGGGUGUCCCCUUGGAGCAGUAACCUUGAUCCUUGGAGGAAAGUUGGAAUUUAAUUGUAUAAAUGCAGAUUGUACAGCGUUGGUCGUGAUUAGCUCCAAAAAGAGGGUGGUGAGAUUAGUACUCUGUGAAAGAAUGUAUUCACCCACGGUGUGAAUUGCCUAACUAUCAUCAGGAGACAGGCAGCCAUAGGUUUGUCCUGGGCUGGGCUCUGUAUCUGUUGCUGUAUCUCUUGCAAGCAGGAGUCAGUGUGAGACCAACUCACAUGACUUACCAGCUGGUUAUUGAGCAACUGGUAAAUGUUUGUUCAGCUGCAAUACUCUUGUUGUUCCAGCUCUGGCUGGAAUUAAAAGCGGGCUGAAUAUUUCUUCAAUUUUUCUUUCUUUCUCCUGGAAAAAACCACAAACAAACAAAAGUGCAGCAUAUAAUAAUAAUAAUAAUUAAUAAUAGUAAAAUUUUAUUUAUAUCCUGCCCUCCCCAGCCGAAGCCGGGCUCAGAACGGCUAACAACAGUAAAAAUAACACAGUUUAUAUAAAAUCACAAUCAGUUAAUUGUAAUACAUUCUAAAAUCAAUUCAUUCUAAAAUCAAUUCAAAAUCAAAUUAAUGGCAACCAUUGGGCUAGAGUGGGCUAAAAUAUUUUUUAUUUAUAAGCGUAUUCUGUGUACAUUGUUGUUGUUGUUUAGUCGUUUAGUCAUGUCCGACUCUUUGUGACCCCAUAGACCAGAGCACGCCAGGCGCUUCUGUCUUCCACUGCCUCCCGCAGUUUACUGCCUCACAUGGUGCUCUGCAAAGAACAGGUUUGAUAGGUAUCUAGUCCAAGAGGUUUCCAGUCUAAAACACGUACAGGGAAAGUACAGGGAGGAAUAAUGGAUACAGGGAUAAACAGGGAAAGAAGUUUAGCUGGUGCAGCCAUUUCCUCAAAACCAUGGCCACCUGCUCAGCACCUGAUGUUGCAAGUGAUGUCAGGUGUGGGGGCAGAGAGGAAUGUGGCUUCCAGCGCACAGUCAGGAGCCUGUCAGCUGAUAAACAUGCCUUUUGGAAUCACCUGUGGCAUUGUGGUGAUUAAAGUGUCAGGCUAGGACCUGCGAGACCAGGGUUCAUAUCCCCACCCACUCCCGCCAGCAUGGUUGAUGGUCAGGGCUGAUGAGAGGUCACCAUGUUGACUGCCCCUUGUCUGAACGAUUCCUGGAAGAACUGUUUUUGAGAAGGGACUUGAAGUAAGUAAGGCGAUGGCCUGGAGGCUCUCUCGUAGGCAGAUGUUGGAGUGUGAAGGAUCAAGGGAGAGUCAAUCAGGUCUGCAAGUAUCCACCACAAUCAGUGGCAUGGCAACUAUGGCAACUAAUCCUAGCUUUGUCCCCAUCUUCUCCUUAGCCACCUACCCUGUCUCAGGUCCUUAUCUGCAAUAAUCAUGAAGUCUGUGCACUCUGUUUCCAUGGUUGGAGGCAGAAAUGCUUCUGAAUACCAUUUGCUGGAAACUACAGGAGGGGAGAGGGACAUGGGUGGCACUGUGGGUUAAACCACAGAGCCUAGGACUUGCCAAUCAGAAGGUCAGCGGUUCGAAUCCCCGCGACAGGGUGAGCUCCCAUUGCUCGGUCCCUGCUCCUGCCAACCUAGCAGUUCGAAAGCACCUCAAAGUGCAAGUAGAUAAAUGGGGACCGCUCCGGCGGGAAGGUAAACGGCGUUUUCGUGCGCUGCUCUGGUUCGCCAGAAGCGGCUAAGUCAUGCUGGCCACAUGACCCGGAAGCUGUACACCAGCUCCCUCGGCUAAUAAAGCGAGAUGAGCACCGCAACCCCAGAGUCGUCCGCGACUGGACCUAAUGGUCAGGGGUCCCUUUACCCUUUUACAGGAAGGGAGAGGGCUCCUGUGCUUGAAUCCUGCUUGCUGGAUUCUCACAAGCUUCUGUUUGGCCACUGUGAGAACAGGGUGCUGGACUAGAUGGGUAAUUGGCCUGAUCCAGCAGGCUCUUUUCAUAUUCGUAGGUUCUUAAUCCACCAUCAUACUGGACUACCUUGUUGUAAAACUACCCAAGAUAGUGCAUGCAAUGUGGUUCGGACACUCAGAAUCUUUUGUUGUGUUGAAAUAUUUCUUGUAUACUCCAAACCGGCUAGUAAAUAUCCUCCACAAUGAUGUAGCAUUAAGUAUUUAAAACAAAAACAACUUUGGGAUCCCUAAUUCGGGAGGAGAGGGUCAGAAGAAGGGGAUGUCUUGUUCCCUACCCUGGCGCCUCACCUUUCAGGUCUCAGUAAUGUAUUAGCCGCCUGCUUUCACUUUGCGCUGUUGGAUACAAAACAGAACUUGGAUGCCGAGACCACAUAACACUUGAAAGACCUGCAUUGACUCCCAGUACGUUUCGGAGCACAAUUCAAAGUGUUGGUGCUGACCUUUAAAGCCCUAAACGGCCUUGGUCCAGUAUAUCUGAAGGAGCAUCUCCACCCCCAUCGUUCUGCCUGGACACUGAGGUCCAGUGCUGAGGGCCUUCUGGCGGUUCCCUCACUGCGAGAAGCCAAGUUACAGGGAACCAGGCAGAGGGCCUUCUCGGUAGUGGCACCCGCCCUGUGGAAUGCCCUCCCACCAGAUGUCAAAGUGAACAACUACUACCAGACUUUUAGAAGACAUCUGAAGGCAGCCAUGUUUAGGGAAGCUUUUAAUGUUUGAUGCAUUACUGUAUUUUAAUAUUUUGUUGGAAGCCGCCCAGAGUGGCUGGGGAAGCCCAGCCAGAUGGGUGGGGUAUAAAUUAAUUAUUAUUAUUAUUAUUCUGUUUUCCAGGCACUGGGGUGCAGUGGAGGGACCUUCUGAAACCAGUCAGCGUGGACGAUAACUUCACUGUGGCUCACGUCCUAGGGAUGCUACUCCUGGACUCGGUGCUGUAUGGCUUGGUGGCCUGGUAUGUGGAGGCCGUCUUCCCAGGAGAGUAUGGCAUCCCACAGCCCUGGUACUUCUUCUUGAUGGUGAGUCCUGUGCUGAUCUCUCUCCCAAUGACCAGCUGUUGUGUAGCCUAGCCUUUGCCAACCUGCUCCCUCCAGUUGCUUUGGACGACAACUUAAAUUGAAUUGAAAACAUCUGGAGUAAUUGAAAACAUCUGGAGCUUAGUAACGGGGAAGAGUCCAGUGCUGAGGGUAUGCUGUGACGAUUCUCUGGAACACAGAAAAAGAACAAGUUGUGGAACUGAGAAAUGGAACGUUUGUGGUGGGGUUUGACGCUGUGAGGACACAUGCAGAAAAACUUGGUUUGUCACCCAAACCUGGACACCUGAUUUUACUAUCUCUGGGCUAGCCAUAAGCUGCCACCAAGGUUUCUUUUAUGAUUUACAGCUCAUGAUUUGUCCAGAGAGCCAAACCAUGAUUCUGGGAUUGAAUGGCAGGCUAAACCAAACGAGCAGAGGAAUGACAGGAAGAAGAGCAAAGCAACUGUGAUCUCCUCUUCUAGGAAGUACAUGGCCAUGUUUAUGCCGGGACUUGGUUUGGUCCAGCAUGGCUUGUGAGCCAGGCCAUUGUUUUAGGCCAGUGGCUUUCAACCAGUGUGCUGUGGCACCCUAGGGUGCCAUGAAUGAUGGUUGGGGGUGCUGUGGACAACAAUGGCCUCUGUCCCUCUUUCCUUCCUUCCCUCCACUUAUGCCCUCUUGCGUCUCUGCCUCCCAGAGACUUGCACAGCUGUUUGUUGCAGCAACCCUGGUUAUAAGCUCCCCAGGCAAAUGGUGCCUCUGGGGCUGGCUAGGGGAUGCUUCCCAGGCCCCUGUGGAGCAGUGUGAGGAAGCACCUUUCUUUGCGGUGGGUGGGUAGCUCAGUGAUCAGGGGUGGCAGCAGCGGCUGCCCAGAUGACUCCCGGGGAGAGGGGAGGAGGCUGAGGGAACACUCCACAAGGGAGGUUGUUUGAAAAAGAGUGAAAGGCUGCCAGCUCUGCAGGCAAGGGGUGAUAUAACUGGGCUCCUGAGCCCCACAGGGGUGCCGCAGAAAGAAUGUAGUUGGUCAAGGGAGCCAUGGACUCAAAUAGGUUUAAAACCUCUGUUUUAGGCAAACAGACAAGGCAUAGUAGCUGAUCUAUUUCUGUCUUCAUUAGAGGACAUCAUAAUAGCAAUUAGUGGCAACAACUUGUUCUGCUACCAGGCUUCCUGAUCUGACCAAGUGGAUAUAUGUGAGCUCCAUUUGGUAUCUAUGAAUAGCUAAAAUGAAUAUUGACUCUUCAUGAAUCCCUGAUGCUCAUUCUUACUCUUGCGUCAUGCAGGCUGGGGCUGAUGGGAGCAGUAGUCCCAUCUGGAGGACACCAGAUUGGGAAUGGCUGGCGCUGGGGGUAGAAGUUCGCCCUGUUUCAUUGGAACCAAACAAAAUAGACAGAGGACCUCAGCUGGCAUAAAUAAGUAGCAGAGUAUGAGAGAGUGAGAGAUUUGUUUACCACCCUUCAUCCGAAGAUUAUAGGGUGGUCUACAACAUAAAAAUACAAAAUGAGAACACAAAAUACAUAUUAUAACAAAAGCAAGUCAAUAGUUUAUUGCAAUUUAUUCUUUAGAGCAUCUGGUAUGUGGCCCCUGGAAGGGUGAAUGUGGCCCUCAGACUGAAAAAGCUGCCUCACCCCAUCAAUGAAAUAAUUGGCAAACUCCAAUUGUUCGCAACAAUAAGAGCCUCCCUGUUUGUCUCUCCUUAGCCUUCGUAUUGGUGUGGGAGUCCUCAGACAGUGCUGGGAAAGGAGAAAGAAGAGGAGGAGGACCCAGAGAAGGCCCUGAAAAGCCAGUACAUAGAAGAGGAGCCAUCGGACCUUGUUUCAGGGAUCAAAAUUAAACACCUGUCCAAGGUGGGUUCUUCUGGGAUGCCGCACUCUGAAAGCUGAGUUGUGCAACAGCAGCUUAUGGAAAGAGCAUCUGAAUGCCUGUUUAUGUAUACUUCUCACUUGGCUGUCCUCAGGUGUUCAAGGUGGGGAACAAAACCAAGGAAGCCGUAAGGGACCUGACCCUGAACAUGUAUGAGGGGCAAAUCACAGUGCUUCUGGGGCACAAUGGUGCUGGGAAGACGACGACUUUGUCCAUGCUCACAGGUGAGGUUUGGCUGUUGGGACUAGGCAGGAAGGGCAGUGGUAGACUAUCUGCUUUGCAUGCAGAAGGUCCCAGGUUCAAUCCCUAGCAUCUCCAGGUAGGACUGGGAUAGAUUACCUGCCUGAAACUGUAGACAGCGGCUGCCAGUCAGUGUAGAUAAUACUGAACUAGAGGGACCAAAAGGUCUGACUCGGCAUAAGACAGCUUCCUAGGAUCAUCAUCAUCACCAUGCUAAGCCUGAAUAAUGAGUCAAGGCUAUAUUUACAAAAAUUCAUCUAUUAGGAGCAAGUGUGCAUAAAAAGGAACAUAUUAAUGAAGAUACAGAAAUGCGCUAUAUUUGCUUACAAAAUGUGGGAAUUCCCCCCCACACCUGGUAAUAGGUUACAGUAAUUAACGGGGUUUGAAAUGGUUGAGAUUCAGUUUAUGUACCACACAGGCAGCAAACUGGGAUUGGAUACACCCAAGAGAGAGUUGUGGACAGUCUUGGCAGGGAUACUAUAAAAUGCCUUUUAAACCUUCUCGGAUUUUAGGGGAUCCAUCUAAUCUAACGGCCGCUAAUCUGAAGGCUGUUCCUUUUCCCCAGGACUGUAUCCUCCAACAAGUGGCCAAGCAUACAUCAAUGGCUAUGAGAUCUCCCAGGACAUGAAUCUGAUCCGAAAAAGUCUUGGCCUCUGCCCUCAGCACGACGUCCUCUUUGACCAAAUGACAGUGGAAGAGCACCUGUACUUCUACGCUGGGGUAAUCUCGGAUAAAUAUUGCGAGGCUUCUUUUUAUCCUUUGUUACAUAGCAUGGUGUAACUCUUCAGGAGAUAACCUACAUUAAAUGAAUGGUGUAUAUUCUCACUUAGAACACCGGCAAUCACGAUCUUCUGUAAAAGCAAAGGCCGUACAAACACCAAACUUCUCUCUCAGGCUGGAGGGAGAUGCAGAUGAUGGAUUCACAUUUCUUGGGCUUGUGAAUGCACACAUGAGCUUUUCCUAUGUGCAGCAUUGAUGCACCUUCAGGCUGAUGCCACAAUGUGGGACAAAGUGCAAUAGGAUUCUGGGGUCAGCAGUUGUCAACUACAGGGACUAGAAACCUGUUCAUUUUUUUUUAACCUUUUUGUCUAACUGGGGAUUAGGAGUCUCCGGUCCUCCAGAUGCUGUUUGACUCCAACUCCCAUCAGCCCCAGCCAGCAUGACCAAUACGUAGGGAUGAGUCACACACUCCCCAACCCUGAUUUAAAUGAAAGCAGCAGCAGCAGCAUUAAAAAAAAAAAAAAUUUGUCAACCCAUGUGCUAACUCUUUUUCCAUUCUAUUUCCUCUCAGUUGAAAGGUUUUGCUGCGGAGAAAUGUCUAGAGGAGAUUAGCCGCAUCCUGCACAUCCUCAGCCUACAGGAGAAACGCUUCUCUCUGUCUAAAGCAUUGUCUGGGGGGAUGAAACGGAAGCUCUCCAUUGGCAUCGCACUCAUUGGAGACUCCAAAGUGAGUCUUGAGAGUCCUCCGUUUUCUUUCUUCGUUAUUCUUUCUGCCACCCCAUUUGCUUCCAUUUCCCCCUGCCACUGCAUGAAAUUAGGCCUCAGACUGCCCCCCACUUCUCUAACAAUUGCACCACACUGUCUCUCUUCUGUAUUCUGGGCACCGUAUUUUUCGCUCUAUAAGACGCACCCGACCAUAAGACGCACCCAGUUUUUAGAGGAGGAAAACAAGAAAAAAAAUAUUCUGAAUCAAAUGUUGUUGAAGAGGUUUGCGCGGCCACCCCUGAAGCCAGAACAGCAAGAGGGAUUGCUACACAGCUCUCCCUCUUCUGGCUUCAGCGAUAGCUACGCAGCCUGCAUUCGCGCCAUAAGACGCACACACAUUUCCCCUUACUUUUUAGGAGGGAAAAGGUGCAUCUUAUAGAGCGAAAAAUAUGGUAUGUGCCCUUCAUAUCUUACGCCAGCUGUGUUUCACCUUGCACUGAGGCCUCUUCUCUCUGCGCUGUUUAGGUGGUGAUGCUAGACGAGCCAACCUCAGGCAUGGAUCCAGUUUCCCGCCGGGCCACCUGGGAGCUUUUGCAGCAGCAGCGGAGCACCCGCACCAUCCUGCUCACCACACACUUCAUGGACGAAGCAGAUCUGCUGGGCGACCGCAUUGCGAUUAUGGCGAAGGGGGAGCUCCAGUGCUGUGGGUCUUCACUCUUUCUCAAGCAUAAAUACGGUAAGGAGAAUCCCCCUUGUGCCAGCACCUGACUUGAAGAAGCCCACAAAGAAAUAAGGACCUUGCAGUGGGUGGCAUUCUCCUUUGGUAGCAUUCACACAAUUAUUUCAUUCUGUAUGAGACUUGGAGGAGGAAGAGCCUAGUGACCUGUAUGGGAGAGGGGCUUUAAAUGUGGGUGCCCUCACCAAUGGUGUGUAUAUAUUCUGCAUUAAUUUUUUUUAAAAAACCUGUCAGGCACCUGGCAAUUUCAGCGUAGCAAUUGUUAUUGCAGGGCAGCCUGUUGGUAUGUAGUUUGAACACCCCUGAAUGCUUCUUGACUGGAUGGAGUUCAGUGGUAGAUCAUCUGCUUUGUUUGCAGAGGGUCCCAUGUUCAAGCAUGAGACUCUUAAUCUCAGGGUUGUGGGUUCGAGCCUCAGGUUGAGCAAAAGAUUCCUGCAUUCCAGGGGGUUGAACUACAUGACCCCUGUGGUCCCUUCCAACUUUGUAUUUCUAUGAUCUAAUCCCCAGCAUCUUCAAGCAGGGAAAGAUCCUUGGUCUCAGACACUGGAUUGCUGCUGCCAGGCAGUACUAUUAGACAAUGCUUUGCUAGAUGGACCAACAGUCUGGUGCAUUCAGACAUGGGAAAUAUUUCGUUCAUUUUCCUGAUUAUAAUGCUAGCACUUCUGUCUUGUUUAGGGAAGUGUGUUUUUUUUAAAAAAAUGACUGAUGUUUUAAUGUAUUUUUAAUCUCCUGUUGGAAACCGCCCAGAGUGGCUGGGGAAACGCAGCCAGAUGGGCAGGGUAUAAGUAAUAAAUUAUUAUUAUUAUUAUUAUUAUUAUUAUUAUUAUUUAUUUCCAAUGCCACUUUCACACUGGAAUGCCUGCUGUGGAACUGUGGCUUUUUUACUGAUAUACCGACAUGUCACACUAAAUUAAAUUCACGCCAAGUGGAUGUGCGGUGACACAAGAACCAACAUAAUUGGACAAUAGUGCUCCUCCCCAACCCUUUCCUCACAUACCUGCUUGUGUUUCCCCAUGAUUCCCCCCAUGAAAAGGGCAGGAAAGAACUGUGUGUCAAUACCCUUUUUAUUUUUACUUUUUGUUUUUUAUUAGUUUUCUUGAUGAACAAACACAGAGAAUAAAAAAUAGUAUGCCAAUAUCCUUCCCCAAAUUUCACCACUUUAGUGAUUUUAUGGGUUAAGGGGCACAGACAGUUUUUUAAUGGAAUCAAACAGCAAAGAAAUCACUGCAUUCCAUUAGUUUUCUGGAAGUGGUUUUUACAUCACAUUAAAGCCCCAACAUAAUGCGGAAAUUAACAGUUAGGUAAAAUGUCAGGGAAGUGGAACAAAAUAAAUGGAAACUCAGCAUGAGGCAGCUUCCUAUAUGCACACAAAAAUCUCUUCUCUUCUCCCGCACUUCUUUCCCCCCCCCAAAAAAAAUCUCCAUCUGCUCCCUUUCAGGUGCAGGAUACCACAUGGUGAUGGUGAAGGAGCCGUGCUGCAACCUUGGCGAAAUCUCCCGUCUCAUCUAUCACUAUGUGCCCAACGCCACCCUGGAGAGCAAUGCUGGGGCAGAGCUGUCCUUCAUCCUUCCCAAAGAGAGUACGCACAGGUAGUGUCACCCUCUGCAACAACUGAUGAUGGCUUGCCAGGUCGUCAUCGGUGUGGGAGCUUUGUCUGUUGUGAAACUGCAGUGCCGGGGGUCUCUCUAGCGUUUGCAAAUUUCGGGCGUGUGUCUAAGCCAGUGAGAGCUCACCUUCUCUAGGCGAAGACUUCACCCUCCAAGGAUCACAUGCCAAGAGUGGGUGUGGCCAUAUUGUGAAAUUGGACUGGCAAGAACUGCCUUGCAAAUUGCUUUCCCAGCAGCUGGUAAACUCUUGUGUGCAUUGAAAGUGCAUUGAAAGCACAUUCCCCACUCCUCCACAAGAACCCCAGGUUACAGGCCUUUGUCCAAAGGGGUAGGAAGCACUUCCUCUGUGUAAUAUAGGGAGUGUGAGGAAUACGCUUUGAAUGCUGAGGUUCUUUCCUGUUUCCUGCUGCUUUUCCAGGUUUGAGGCUCUGUUCACGGAGUUGGAGUUACGCCGGGAAGAGCUGGGCAUCGCCAGUUACGGAGCCUCAGUCACCACUAUGGAGGAAGUUUUUCUCAGGUAGGGCAUUGGGGAAACUAGCAAGGAAGGUAAACGUGCUCUUUCAGCAGGAGUAAGUGUGAGUUAAAACAUGUUGGAUUUAAUUUCUUUCUGAAAUAAGAUUUGGAUGUAUAUUGAGGGGGAGGGAAUCUGAGAUUAACAGUGCUGUUCUAUUAACAGUGCAGUUUGGAAGAAAUCCCCAUUGAGUUCAUUGGGACUCAAGUAAACAAAAUGAUGAAAUGAUUUGGCAAAACAAAAUUUGGCAGUGGUGGGAAUAAUUUCAUAAAAACAUUUCUCCUCAAAUUAUGGGUCAGUGCCAUGAACUUCUGGUCAGAUCCCUGUUUCUCUGCAGUCUGAACAACCUGCCCUCCCUUCUCCCUCUGCAUCAGAUGAGCAACCCACAUGCACUGCCACCUUUUGGUACAAUUUGGGGGGGGGAGCACAGAGAAGGAGGGGCAGUGGCUUCAUGACUGGCAUCACUGCUGAUCGAUCAGCAUCAUGCACAGCCAUGCUUUGAAAAGGGGGGGGGGGUUGUUCUAAGAUUGAAGCAAGGGGCAACCAAUCAGACCUGCCCAAUACAUACUCUGUGAAAGCCCAUUUCUGCUUCAAACAGAAAUGGGUCCAGAACAUUGUGCAUGACUCAGAAAUGUGGCAAGUGAACUUCCAGAAGAGGCUGAUUGCUAAAACUUGUAUACAGGUAUGACGCUGAGGUUGUUGGAAGCUAACCUCUGGGGUGACUUAAUUUUUAAAAACCCACAAACUCCACCUAAUGCCAAUGGCAUUCGCUUACAUGGAUUCGCUCUCUUCCUUUAAGAGUUGGCAAGCUGGUUGAUUCCAGCAUGGACAUCCAAGCCAUCCAGCUGCCAGCUUUGCAGUACCAGCAUGAACGGCGAUCCAACGACUGGGCCAUGGACGACUCCAGCAGCCUGAGUGGGAUGACUGACAUGACGGAUGACAGCGGGGCUCUGAUCACGGAAGAUUGCUCCAACAUCAAGCUGAACACAGGGGUGAGCUCUGAUUGGUUGCUCUGGUGCCAUGGGGACCUGCCAGCCCUUGUGAACAUAGCAAUUGAUUAAUCAUGGGUGUUGACAAAAAUGGAACUCACCAUACUGCAUGGCUUGAAUGAGUAGUACCCUGAAUGUGGCCAUGCCUUAGUUCUGAGGAGUUUUAUUUCCAGCCCCUUUCCUAAUUAUUCCUUAAGUUGAAUCCAGCUUCUACCAUUAGAGCACCAAGGACACUGGAGUCUUCAGCCUCCUGGGAAGAUUAUCAUUGUUUCUAGGAUAACUGCCUGAUUUUAUAUUUGACUAAAAUUCUCACCCAUGACUCUUCCCAUGCUCAAACUGUUUUUGCAAAUAGAGUAGUACCUCCGGUUAUGUAACCCUCUGGUUACGUGAACUGCAGGAUGCGAAAGCGGCAAACCCGGAAGUAUUUGACCGGGUUUCGCCGCAUGCGCAGAAGCGGUCCUCAGAUUGCGGAAACCUCGGGAUCCGACCAGACCUCUGGAACGGAUCCCAUCCGCAACUGGAGGUACCACUGUAUAUGACCUAAAUGAAUGUUCAUUAUUGCUACAUAUGUAUACAAAGCCAGACAAAUUCAGCAUAGGUGAUUUUGUCAAGCACUCAUCAUAAUACUGCUUAUUGAUGGCUGGUAUGAAAUUUCUUGGAAGUAUUAGGCGCAACAGUGUAUUUAAACAUUUCAAAAAAUGGUUUUGUAGUUUUAAAAACACAUCACUAAUUUUUUUUAAAAAAAUUAAAUGAAAAGGGGGAACGCUUCAAUUCUUAUUGAUAAUUGUUAAUGCAUAUUUUAUGUAAACCGCUCAAAGGCUUUUACAUUGAAGCAGUAUACAAAGAAAAUACAGGUGGUGUCUGGAUGUGUGAUUGCUGAUAUGCAGGUCCUUUGGACCCAGAAGAAGGCAGAACGAGGACAGAGUGGGAUGUGCUUAUAUACACUCCACCGACACACGCGGGGGCUAGGAAUGGAACCCCCACAGGGAAUGGUCACCGCCUGCAUAUAAAUAAUAACAGCAACAAUGCUCUGUUAAUAUCAAACUUUGUCUAAUUUUCCAAGGGGAUCCACCUUAUCAGUAUCCUUAGCCUGCUCUUUAUCUUCAUAGUUCUACCUCUGCUGCCAGCAGUUCUAUGCCAUGUUUAUGAAGAGGGCUGUCUACAGUUGGCGCAACUGGAAGAUGGUGGCAGCGCAGUUCCUGGUGCCUCUGAUCUUCACUGCCUUCGCCCUGAUUGUGGCCAAGACCUUUCCAGGCCCACGAGACUCUUCCCUGCUCAAGAUGACCUUAAAUCCGUAUGGACAGACUACAGUGCCCUUUUCUGUCUCCCAAGAAUCCACCCUGGCCCAGAGACUAGGAGAGCAGUAUAAGGAUAUCGUGGACUCUCAGCACCAAGGGCCACUGGAGGUAGUGGGUGAGUAGCCGAACCAAGGCAGAGAACAGAUAUUUAGUCUGUUUUUAAGCCCUUUCAGUAAGAAGAGAUGCUCCAAAUCUUCUGGGUUUGCAGGAGAACAAAUAGGAGCUUCUGCCGCUGUGGCUCAGCAGCUGGGAUAUGGCAAAAUGCUCAUGGGCAUUGGAAGCACCUGAGGGAGAAGGCUCAGUCACAGAAUGUGCAAUAUCAAAGUAGAUGCUGGAAGGGGCAGGAGAGAACAAUAGUGACUGGUGUGUGCCUGCCUUGGUGCAUUUGGCAGAUAGGGAGACAGGGAUUACGGUGGAAGGUUGUGGGGAAGAAGUCUCACAUGGAGUGUAGAGUAAGGGAGCAAAAAGAGGAGGAAGAUAGACUUCCAUGUAAAGUUAAACACCCAACCACCUUUGGGGCUGCUGGAGUCUUAAAAACAAGAUGCUGUCAGCGAACACCAAGCUUCAGUAGGCUGUUCAUGUACAUUAUUUAUAGAUAUUCUGCUUUACUUGAGGCUUCAGGUCAUGCCAAAAUUUGGCCUAGUUUCCAGCUUCUGGCACAUGUCGGUUUCCUGGAAAUCCCCGUAUCUGUUCAAACAGCAAGUUUCUAGACCUUAGGGUUGCAGAGAAAACCUUCCUCCACUAAACACCUGUAGCAAUAUCUCAUCUCAAAUGGCAUCUGAUUGGCCAACGGAAGGACCACUUAGGAUGCCUGCUGCAUUGACGAAAGUGUUGUUGCAGGUGACCUGCAGGAAUACCUGAUUUCUCGAGCAGCUGAAGAAGGGGGAGCCUUCAAUGAGCGCUACAUUGCGGCAGCUUCCUUCGAAGAAACUGGGGAUCUCGUGAAGGUGACGGCUCUCUUCAACAACCAGGCAUUCCACUCGUCUGCCGCAGCCCUUCUCCUGGUUGACAACGCCCUGCUGAAGCUGCUGGUUGACCCCAAUGCUUCCAUCUCUGUGGCUAACUACCCACAGCCCCGCAACACAACAGAGACCGCGAAGGACCAGCUCAUGGAGUGAGUUGAUUCUUCCUUUCUUUUAAACAACGAUAAAUUCACUCUUUAUUUAAUUCCUUUAUAUACUGUGUUGCCUUUCCUCCAAAGAGCUGAAAGUGGCGUGCAUAGUUCUCUCGCCUAUCUUUUUAGCCUUACAACAGCCCUCUGAGGCUGCCACUUGCAGAGCAGAUCUCCUGCAACUCUGUUCCAUUUCCCUCCCAGCAGUCAGCCACCAUUCCAUGCCCACGGAGCAUACUCAGUGUUUUUGGAGAGUUCCCUUUCCCCCUUCUCCUUGAAUUUUCCCUGUACAAACCUCAGGAUUCCCGAGUCUGUCACUACCACUCUCUCUUACACAUGGCGUUUGCAGUUCUGUUGGCUAUGCAAGGCCUGGCACCUGAAGAGCUGACUUCCCUGAUAUUAGUAUAAAUGGUGAUGGAUCGCUGUCUUUUUAAAAAUUAUUACUUUGUCCUGUAUUAAUUGUGUUUUGUUUUUAAAUUGUUUUGCGAACUGCUUUGGGCACCUUUAGGCUGAAAUAGCAGCAUAGAAAUGUUCUUCCAGAGGGUCCUUUUAAGGAUGGGAAGGGGGGUUGCCCCCACCCCCAGUAGGGCUUAUUCCAGUCUUCCCCUGCUUGGUGACUCCCAAAUCCUAUCACCCCUGCUGGUUGGAGUUGGAGUCUUGAUGGCAUCCAAUGGGCUGGUGAAAUCUGGCUUUAUCCCUUUCUCAUCCCUGCUGCUCUCUGCACACCUGCCUUUCCCCCUUGGAUUGGGAAGACAUGGAGACAGUGCAAGUGUCACCCCUUCAUGAGCUAGACUUGGUCCAGGGCCUGCCAGUUGCUCACCCUGUUGCGCUGAAGUUCCUAGGAUAUCCUUGUUCUAUUAUAAAACCCCUGACUGGAUCUUUUCUUGCUCUUGCUAUUGCUUGCCUUCAGCCUUUUGGGUAGAUGGGAUGCUCCUCCAAAUAAACAUCUCUGGUCCUGCUCACCUUGCUGUCUUUAAUGUCCCAUCAGAGGCCAGACGGGUUUCGCCAUUGCAAUCAACUUGCUCUAUGGAAUGGCGUCGUUGUCCAGCACCUUCGCUCUCCUGCUCGUCAGCGAGAGGGCCAUCAAGGCCAAGCACGUCCAGUUUGUCAGCGGGGUCUAUGUCGUCAAUUUCUGGCUCUCGGCCCUCCUGUGGGACCUCAUCAACUACCUCACGCCCUGUGUGCUCAUGCUGGUAAGUCAGCUCAGCUGCAGUCCCCAGGAGGUUCUUUGCCAGUGUUUUGGCAAAAAUGCACCAGGAGAUGUAUGCUGAAAGAAUCUAGCAGAGGGGCGGGGGCGGGACAUGCUAAUCUGGCACAUAAGCAAACUGGCUCAGUGGUAGAAAUCCACUUUGCAUGCAGAAGGUCCAAGGUUUGAUCCCCAGCAUCUUCACAUAGGGCUGGGGGAGACUCCCCAUCUGGAAUCCUGGACAGCCACUGGCAUUCAGCGUAGGCCAGGGUUUCCCAAACUUGGUUCUUCAGCUACUUUUGGACUACAGCUCCCAUCAUCCCUAGCUAGCAGGACCAGUGUAGUCCAAAAACAUCUGGAGACCCAAGUUUGGGAAACCCUGGUGUAGGCAAUACUGAACUUGAUGGACCCAAUGGUCUGACUCAAUGUAAGGCAACUUCCUGUGCUCCUAUUUUCUAGAUUUGUGUGGGGAAGAGCAUUAUAAUCAGUGCAAACCAGCAAAACAUAAAUUCAAACACUCUGAUUUGUUUAUGUUUAUUAGAUUAAGUAAAUCAGUGACUGAACCAAUCACUAAAAAUUGAAUCAAAAACUCAUUUACUUAGCAGUUGGAUAGAAUACUGCCUGGAUGUAUUCCUGCCCCCCAAAGAAUCCUAGAGAUCAUUUCCCCCCCACAGUGAAAGCUGAACAUUCAAGCAAAGGAACGCUGACUAUUCUUAAGAGGUGUAAGUUCAUACGUCUCCUCCUACUGCUGCUCUUGUAGCCAUGGUGCUCAUAUCAGUCCCAAACUGGGCCAGUGACAGAUAUUUUGCAUGCAGAAAAUCCUAAGCUCAGUUUCAGGCAUCUGCAGUUCCAGGGUUGGGCUGGAUGACCUUAAGGAUCCCUUCAAACUGUCUGGUUGCAUGAUCUUCAGUUAAAAGAAUCCGGAAUGGGAAAGCCCUAUACCUGACAGGGAUGAAUGGAUCAAACUCUUUUCUAGUUCAUCUCAGUCUUGUACGUGCCCAUUCUUCUGCAAUUAAAAAACCCCCACAAAAAACCACAUAAGCGAAAUACUGUUUAAAUAGUAUGAAUUUCUCCCCCUAAAAUAUGUAUUUUCUUGUGCAUUUUCUGCUGAAAUACUUCCCCUCCCCCCGUUUCAUUGGUUGAUCCCUCCCUCCAGGUGAUAUUCCAAGCCUUUGACGUGAAAGCCUUCACCCAGGACAACCACCUUGUUGAUGUGAUGCAGAUCUUUUUCCUUUACGGCUGGGCCACUAUCCCCCUCAUGUAUCUGCUCAGCUUCUUCUUCUCUGUGGCUUCUACGGCCUAUACACGCCUCACCAUCUUCAACAUCUUCUCAGGGACAGCCACCUUCCUGGCAGUCACUAUCAUGAGCAUUCAAGGUAAGGGAUCAGGGACCCCCAUCCCUGCUGCUGAUCGCAUUUCCUAGUCUCAGUAAUAUCCUUGUGCACACAUCCAGUCAGUGCUGUUUCCAGGGCAUGGCACUCUAACCUGGAAGAGGCAGGAACACUCCAUUCAUCCUUUCUAUGACAAUUUGUGCUAAUAAUGCUAUUGGGCUAGUCAUAUGUGAGCCUUUUCCCCCAAUGCUGUUUGUGCCUGAGAAAGUUUUGGGGCGCUCAUACUGCUUCAUUCCCAAUCAGUGCAAAAUUACACAAUAUGUUGCUGAACUCCUAUAACUUUUCAUACCGCAAAGGAUCUGGGAUUUAGGGUGAGGGUGUGUGUCCCACUUUCAUUGCACUAUUGCCCCUCUGGACGGCAAUAAAUGAGGUAGGUUUGUCGCAACUAAAAAAGCAGAACAAACCCACCCUUAACACACUUUUAUUGUGUCAGGACCAUGCUGCAGAAUACAUUUGCAAUAUAAACACUAGUCUGGAGGAGCUAUAUCUAAGGCUAUAUCUGAUAUUUGAUACUCUCUACAAGGUGGAAAUUUGCAAUGCUGUUAGCAUGGUGGGCCUUCUUCUGAUCUCGUGGGGCCCUGGCAAAUGGCCAGCUUUAACACCAUCCAGAAUACAUUUUAACAUUCAUUGUUUGUUUGUUUAAAAUAUUUAUAAUUAUGUCCCUUCCUAAUGGCUAAUGCAAGUAUAUAAGCCAACCCCAUAAAAGCAAAACACCUACAAAUCCUAAAGCUUUAUCACAACCGAGAUUGGAGAUGUCACAACCAGGGCUGCCUGGUUAUCACUGACCCAUGGCAGGGCCUUUUCGUUGGUGGUUCCGCAGUUGUGGAAUGGCCUCUCUAGUGAUGUGUCCCUAUCAUUAACUUUCAAUAUGAAUUUGAACACCUUGCUUGUUUUCAAACCCACCAAUUUGGUGGUUGCAAAAUACUGCUCCUGGUAACCCUCAGAUCAUUGGAUGGAAGAAUGUGUUUAACUACUUUUUAAAAAGUUUUUUUUUUUAAAAAAAAGGUUUUAUUAUUAAAAUAAUUCAGGUAUGUUUGAACAUUUUUAAGGAUUGUAUGAAAUGUAUGUUUAUAUACUUGUAUAUUCAUAAUAUGUGUGUAUUAAUGCUGAAUUACUUUUUUUAAAGUUUUUAAUUGUCAUUGUUUUCAGAAUCACUGUGCUCUGUUUCUUAAAGUAUGCAGCCCAGCUCCCAAAACUGGGCAGGAGAAAAAAGAGCCUGAUGUAAAAAGGAGGAGGAGAAAAAGAAUUAUUAGACACAAGCAUAGCCAUCCUCUAUGUAUGAACAGGGCAGAUUCAUUAAUAUACCUGACUAUCAAAGGCCACUUCCCUGACCUUCCCACAUUUUUCUUCCAGAACUUGGAAUGGUGGAUCUCUCAAGGAUGUUGGAUAAAGUCUUCUUAAUCCUACCCAAUUACUGCUUGGGACAAAGCAUCAGCAAAUUCUACCAGAACUAUGAGUUCAUUCAGUUCUGCACCUCCUCGAUCGAGUCUCUCCUUGUCUGCAAAGUGUUUAGUGAGUAUCCAGAAUUACCGUAUUUUUCGCCCUAUAGGACGCACCGUCCCAUAAGGCGCACCUAGUUUUUUGGGGGGGAAAUAAAGGGGAAAAAAUUAUUUCCCCCCCAGGCACGGGGCUGGGGCGGGGGAAGCCCGAGCUUCCCCCGACCCCAGGCCCCAGAACAGGCAACUCUCUGCAAGCUGCGGGAGCCCAGCGCCGGGCUCCCGCGCCUUGCGGAGAGCUGCGUGAAGUCUGGGCGCGCUGAGCUCGGUGCGCCCAGCCUUCGGCAUGCAGGCAACUCUCCGCAAGACAUGGGAGCCCAGCGCAGGGCUCCUGUGCCUUGCGGAGAGCUGCGCGAAGUCUGGAGAGCGAGAGGCAUCGGUGCGCACCGACCCCUCUCGCUCUCCAGGCUUCAGCGAAAGCCUGCAUUCGCCCCAUAGGACGCACACACAUUUCCCCUUCAUUUUUGGAGGGGAAAAAGUGCGUCCUAUGGGGCGAAAAAUACGGUAAUCUUUUCGUCUCUGGCUUCUGUGGCAAGCCAAAACUACUACUACUUCUUCUUCUUCUUCUUCUUCUUCUUCUUCUUCUUCUUCUUCUUCUUCUUCCUAUUACUAUUUAUAAAAUUUGUAUAGCGCCCUAUACUCGUAGAUCUCAAGGUGGUUCACAACAUAAAUUGCAGUAUUAAAAAACUCAAAAUACAUAAUAAAAACAAAGAUAACCCAAUAAUCCCCCCUUCUGCAACACAUUUAAAAGGGCAUUAGAUGUCAGUCAUUACACACACACCCCACCCCAGGACUGCCACUGAAAACAACAGCCUUGCAUCAAGCUCACUGCUUCCCUUCCCUUGUGCAUAUUCAGUGUUACCCGUGUCCUGAUGUUCAGGCACUGCAGAAGAGAAAGGUCUCAAACAGGGCUGCUCUUAUCAGCAGUGUCUCCAUCUUAUCCAGUGUUUGAAACUCCCAUUGUUCUAGGCAAAUUUUGCAGCAGGGGAUUUCAUUAGCACAAACAGUUUCUGAGGUCUGGGCACAGUACUGCACUUAAGAUUUCAGAUUAAAACUGCAGAGUGGAAGGGGGUAAGUAAAGGAAAAGGAAAGGAGGACCUUUUUCUGCCUCCCCACUUCUCCCCUACUCUCUGAAGACUGGAGAAGAGACCCUCAUAAGAACAUUAGGGGGGAUGGGCAGGGGAAGGACUAGACCAUGUGAAAAUUGUAGCUCUGUGAGGGGAUUUGGGGAGUUAAAAGUAUUUGUUUGGGAUUGGACAGUGCCCUUCAGUAUUUUCUCUCUCUCUCUCCUACCAUUCCAGAUAUUACUUUCCAAACCAAUUACUUUGCAUGGGAGAGCCCUGGGAUUGGCAAAUACUUGACUGCCAUGGCUGUACAGGGGCUUGUGUUCCUCAUCCUCCUCUUCCUCAUUGAGACCAACAUCCUUUGGAGACUGAAGAACCUUGUCUGCAACGUGCAUCGGAGGCGGAAGUGGGUAAGGAUUUCCUGGAAGGAAGAAGUGUUCCUGGGUUGACAGAAUUGUAAGCCAAGCUUCCCAGUGGGCUGUGUAUACAGUGUAAGAUAUUCAUCAAGCUACAGAGUCACAAGGCAGAACCAGCUGGAAAACAAACCAAGCUUCGGAGAAACAAUUCUGGGUGGUUAAGCUGUAGUUGAGUAAACAAACCAUGGCUUAGUAUUAUGUGUGAACCAGGAUAAUUACUUGUUCAGCUGUGCCAGAAUCUUGCAUUAUUGCAGUAUGCUCAUCGUCUAUUUACUGUUGGCUUUUUCUACAACAGGUGAUGCUGCUGAACAGAGUCCCCGUCCUUCCAGAAGACCGGGAUGUUGCAGAUGAGAGGAAGAAGGUUUUGGAGUCACCAACAGCAUCCCUUUCAUCACUGAAUAGUCCCUUAGUCAUCAAGGAGCUUACCAAGGUAAACGUCUGGCCCUCCUAUCUGGUUUCUAAAGCUUAGCCUCUCUUUGAAGAUGUUGUUGUUGUUGUUGUUUAAUUUUUAUACCUCUUACAUGCCAAAAUGGCUUCUAAGCAGUUUACCAGUAUAAAAUCAAUUGUACUGUGCUAUACACCAGGCUUCCUCAGCCUCGGCCCUCCAGAUGUUUUGAGACUACAGUUCCCAUCAUCCCUGACCACUGGUCCUGCUAGCUAGGGAUCAUGGGAGUUGUAGGCCAAAAACAUCUAGAGGGCUGAGUUUGAAGAAGCCUGCUAUACACAAUAAAACAAACUAGUUAGAAAGCUUAGCAAUAAAAACAGCUUAAAACAACUACAACAAUUAAGUCAGGAAGUUCAAAUUCGGAGGAAUGUUUUCCUGAAAUGUGUGUAUUCAGGAGCCAGCAGAAUCCCAAUACCAAUGGGGGCCUCUUGAACAGGGAGGGCAUUCUGCAACACUGGUCCUGUCAGUGAAAAAGCCCAACACCAUGUGUAUUAAAUGUGCUUUAAAGGUAUGGUGUAAGGUAAAGGUAAAGGUAAAGGGACCCCUGAGCAUUAGGUCCAGUCGUGACCGACUCUGGGGUUGCGGCGCUCAUCUCGCUUUAUUGGCCGAGGGAGCCGGCGUACAGCUUCCGGGUCAUGUGGCCAGCAUGACUAAACCGCUUCUGGUGAACCAGAGCAGCGCACGGAAACACCAUUUACCUUCCCGCCGGAGCGGUACCUAUUUAUCUACUUGCACUUUGAUGUGCUUUCGAACUGCUAGGUGGGCAGGAGCAGGGACCGAGCAACGGGAGCUCACCCCGUCGCGGGGAUUCGAACCACUGACCUUCGGAUCGGCAAGUCCUAGGCUCUGUGGUUUAACCCACAGCGCCACCUGUGUGAUGUGACCAAAUCAGACCAUUUUCAAGGCUGUAAGACUAGCCAGGCUCCAACAACCACAACAUGACCACUAUUCUCAUUUAUUUAUACUCCCAGUUGGAGGCAAUGUGAGAUGAUUUUUUGCUGUCUUGUCCUCCCAACUUCUGGAGGAAGUCCCAUUUCCAAGUGGAGAGAUACCAGUAGAGAUUGGUCCACUAGGGCAAUUGGGGCACUGCCCCACCAACUUCAAUAUGCCUUCAGCCACCUCCCACCACUUCCCCACCCAGCUUCUUCCAAUCAAGGGCUGGCUCUUCCUGUUGCUCUGGCUCCACCUGCUGUUGGUCUCCCUGCCUUCCACCCUACCAGUCCCAGUGGGCACCAGUCACACAAGUUAUGGCAUCACUUCUUUGGGAGGAAUGAGGAGGAGCCAUCUUGCAACCCAGCAGUUUGUUUGUUUGUUUUGCUCUUCCAGGUGUACAGCAACAGGGACUCAUGCCUGGCUGUGGACAGAAUAUCCUUGGCAGUCAACAAAGGCGAGUGUUUUGGGCUUCUUGGCUUCAACGGGGCAGGAAAGACCACCACCUUCAAGAUGCUGACAGGGGAUGAGAGCAUCACAUCGGGAGACGCCUAUGUGGAUGGCCACAGCAUCCUGGCCAACAUCAAAAAGGUAAGGGUUGAAACAGUAGGAAGAGCCCUGCUGGAUCAGGCUAAAGACCUCAUCUCAAUUCAGCAUCCUGUUGUCAAAGUGGCCUCUGAGAUGCCUCUGGGAAACCCACAAGCCUGGCAUGAGAGAGCCAGUGUGGGUUAGAGAGAUGGGCUAGAAUCUCCACUCUGCCAUGAAGCUCACUGGGUGAGAGUCAUGGCCUCUCAGACUAACCUACCUCACAGGGUUGUCAAAUGAGGAGGGCAAGGCCAUGUAUGCCACCUUGAGUUGGGGGGCGGAGGUAGUAUGUAAAUGCGAUUGAUAAAUACAGUGGUACCUCGGGUUAAGUACUUACCGUAUUUUUCGCCCUAUAAGACGCACUUUUUCCCCUCCAAAAAUGAAGGGGAAAUGUGUGUGCGUCCUAUGGGGCGAAUGCAGGCUUUCGCUGAAGCCUGGAGCGCGCGAGGGGUCGGUGCGCACUGACCCCUCUCGCUCUCCAGGCUUCAGGAAGCUCUGCGCAACCCUCGGGAGCCCGGCGUGAAGUCGCGCCGGGCUCCCGAGGGUUGCACGGAGCUGCCUGCGCUCCCGGGCUCCGCGCAGCUCCGCACAACCCUCCGGAGCCCGGCGCGAAGCCGUGCCAGGCUCCCGAAGGUUGCGCAGAGCUGCCUGCUUCCCGGAGCACGGGGCGCGCUGAAAGCAGAGCGCCCGGCGCUUCGGGAAGACAUCCGCAGCCUAGGGAGCACCCUAGGCUGCGGAUAGCAGCCUGCUGCACAGAGCGUGGGGAGCGCUGAAGCAGAGCGCCCCGCGCUUCGGGCAGACAUCGGGCAGCCCCACAAGCUCGGGGGACAGCGGGGAGGUGCAGCGCCGCCAUCCCGCUGUUCCCCGACCUGGUUUGGAUUCCCACGACCUGGUUUUGGGGGGGAAAUAAAGGGGGGAAAUUCCUUUAUUUCCCCCCCAAAAAACUAGGUGCAUCCUAUGGGCCGGCGCAUCCUAUGGGACGAAAAAUAUGGUAAUUCGUUCCGGAGGUCCAUUCUUAACCUGAAACUGUUCUUAACCUGAAGCACCACUUUAGCUAAUGGGGCCUCCCGCUGCCACUGUGCCGCCGGAGCACGAUUUCUGUUCUUAUCCUGAAGCAAAGUUCUUAACCUGAGGUACUAUGUCUGGGUUAGCGGAGUCUGUAACCUGAAGCGUAUGUAACCCGAAGCGUAUGUAACCCGAGGUACCACUGUAAAUACAAUGAGCGCAUUAGCACUCUCCCUACUUGUGAUCCCUGCAAACUGGUAUUUAGAGGCAUAUUGCCUCCGACAGUGAAAGCAGAACAAGGCCGCCAUGGCUAGAAACCAUUGAUAAGUCUUAUCCUCCAUGAAUUUGUCCAGUCAUUUUUUCCAAGUUGUUGGUUGUUACUUCUGUGCUGCUGCUCCUUCUUCUUUAUACAAACAAACUGGAUUCCUUACUUUUAUUUGUCACCAGACCUGCACCCCCUCCAACCUUGGAACCAACCCUAUAGUCGCUGGUUGGUGCCAGACUCUGUGGCCUCCGUGUUUCACAUUCAGGGCUUCUCUCUUAGAAGCUCAGAUUAACAGAAGCAAACUAGAGCAGCCUGGAUAGCCUUCAUCAAGUGCAGGUUCAGAAGAGGCUGUUUUGAGUUUGGUGGGCCACUGAAACCAUCAAUAGGGAGGUUGCCGGGCAAUUCUGUUGACUUUGGUCUGUCGUUUACAUUCAGGUCCAGCAGCGGAUUGGUUACUGCCCUCAGUUUGAUGCCCUUUUGGAUCACAUGACUGGGAGGGAGACCUUGAGCAUGUACGCCCGGCUGCGAGGGAUCCCCGAGCGCUACAUUGGCAGCUGUGUGGAGAACAUGCUCCGAGGCCUGCUCUUAGAGCCACAUGCGAACAAGCUCAUCAGGACGUACAGGUGAGGCAGAGAGAUGCUGGCCUCCAAAGCUCAGCCCCCUGCCGUGGAUCCAGUCCAGAGAGUCCUCACCACACAGUUGUACUGGCACCAGGUUGACCCACCCCUGAGCUGGAGAGCUUUCCUCUCGCUCUUGUGCAGUUCCUGUUCGUUUCAGAUAGGCUUGUGCAGGAGAACUUCUCAAGGGAAUGUGUCCCCCGAGACAAGAGUUGCUUGCCUCCCACCCCCUCUUCCUCCUCACGCAGCUAAAAAAAAAAUGAGAGAAGGGGUAAUCCUAGUUGUUGAUUCAAAGAUUCAUUUAGUGUCUCUCCCCAAGUCCAUUGUUAAUGGGUAAAUUGUGGGUGAAGGCAGCCGGGGCAGAAUUAUCCCUUGAUGGCUUUGUAACAGGCAAAGUCCAUUGAUACCUUCUCCUUCCACAGCGGCGGCAACAAGCGGAAACUGAGUGCGGGGAUAGCCCUGAUUGGUGGCCCCCCUGUCAUCUUUCUGGAUGAGCCCUCCACCGGCAUGGAUCCUGUUGCCAGGCGCCUACUGUGGGAUGCAGUUGCCAGGACGCGGGAGUGCGGGAAGUCCAUCAUUAUCACUUCACACAGGUUGGGACCAUUUUCUUAGCCUGCACUAGCAUGGUGGGAUGGGAAGGGGUAUCGAGGGAGAAAAGGGGCAGUGCUUAUUCAACCCACUGAAAAUUAAUGAAAGACAGUUUGGGCUCCAGUACACCUAUUAUUUCAGAAAUCUCCUCUAUCACAUCUUCCUCAAAUCUGUAUGCAUGUUUGCACGACCACUGCAUGUUCCAUGGCUUGUAUGUUGGUUUUAACGUAAUUUGGUUUGAGUUACUUUUUGGGUUUUCUUUUUUUAAAAAAAAUUGUGACUAUAAAUAAUUAUAUUCAACAGCAUGGAAGAAUGUGAGGCUUUGUGCACCCGGCUGGCCAUCAUGGUGAAUGGGCAGUUCAAAUGCCUGGGGAGCCCACAGCACCUGAAGAGCAAAUUUGGCAGUGGGUACACCUUGCUGGCAAAAACCCAAAGCGAUGAUGAGGACAACCUUCAGGCCUUCAAAACAUUUGUGGAGAAGACUUUCCCAGGUAUGUACAGACAAGCUCGUGAGGACCUAAAUCAUAAUAAUUAGGGUGCCGGGAAAUAUGUAGUCAAAUGAGUUUUAGUCAAACAAUCAGUUGACUUUGUACAAAUUUUACUAUAGAAAUGUGUUUGAAUUUGCAUAUGUAUUUGCAUACAUUUGCAUGUGACUUAAGUGAUUCUGAAGCAAGAUGAAGCACAUGCUUGUUGUCUCAUAACCAACAUUGACUUAGAAGAGGGCAUUCUCUCUAUUGUGUGAGAGAUGCCGCCAUCCAUUUUUAAUAAAGCUUAACAAUAUAUAAAUAGCAAAUGCAGUAAAGAAUGCUUAAGCAUACGGUAUUAAAGAAAUGAUUGAACAUAGAUUAAUUGCCCAUUUUCAGAUGGAGCUACUGUGUGUGUGUAUAAGCAGUUUGUAUGUGCUUUAUAUUAAAUAUAUAUUUAAAAAUCUGCCUCCUGAAUAAUUGGGAGAAUCUUUUUAGCUGUUUAAAUGUUUUUGAAUCAGUUUUGUAUAAUUAAUUGAUCAAACACUAUUGCUUUGUUUAUGAUCCUUAGGAUUCACUUAGGGCUUUUGAGAGUUAAAAGCACUCAUCACGUGAAAUCAACUUUGUUUAUUUACUUAUUAUUUAUCUAUCUUGUAAAUCUUUACGACAACCCUAUAAGGCUGGUCUGUUUUACCUCUAUAUUUGGGGUUGGAAAGCUUAAGCUGGGAGAUUACAGGGUGGGGUGGGGUGGGGGGGACGUUGUUUCUGUCCCCAAAGGCCACUUAGGGAAUGAAUGGCAGCCCGAAGCAGAGGCUUCCUGAUUUGUAGCUCAGCAUCUUAGCCACACUUGUCUGUAGCUCCUCUCCUCCUCACCGCCAGCCAGCUUGAAUGCCAGUGGCUGGGAAUCACAGGUGGGCAGAGUGCUGCUCUGCUCAGGUCCUUCCUGCUGGCUUUCCAUCAAGUCAUCAGCUUAGCCACUGUGAAAACAAGAUGUGGGACUGCAUGGGCCAUUGGCCCAAUCCUGGCAGGAACUUUCUGGUGUUACUAUGCUAUAUAUCUCUGCUUCUCCUCUUCCAGGGAGCAUCCUGAAGCAUGAACAUCAGAGCAUGGUCCAUUAUCACCUCACCAACAAGAACCUCAGCUGGGCACAGGUAAGGGCUGAAGGGAAUCUGCCGGUGGGCUUGAGCAGUGGCCACUUCUGAAGGCCCACCUAAAAUAUCCUCCUUAUUGUACAUUCAUGAUAAUUUGCAGGGGUUCUUGGGGGGGGGGGGAGGCAGGGUUGCUAGACCAAAGGUGGGGAACCUUUUGCAGCCCGAGGGCCACAUUUCCACCUGGAAAAACCUCUGAGGGCCAGAAGCAUUUUCCUCUGCCCUCUUGAGCUCAGGGUGGUGGUGCAGGAGAUAGUAUUCUCUGUAGUUGUGGAACUCCUUCAUUAUACAGCUCCUGGCUUUUGACACUUCAGGUGAAUGUUAUUAGGUCUCAGAUUCUUAAAAUUUCUGUGAUUGUAAGUUGCUUUCGUUGUCACCCACCCUGGGUGAAAGGGAGGUGAUUAAUAAUAAUAUUUAUUUAUUUAUACAUACAUACAUACCCCGCCCAUCUGGCUGGGUUUCCCCAGCCACUCUGGGCAGCUCCCAACAGAAUAUUAAAAAUAGAAUCAAACAUUAAGAACUUUCCAUGACCAUAGCUGUCAACUUUUCCCUUUUCCUGCAAGGAAUCCUAUUUGGAAUAAGGGAAUUUCCCUUAAAAAAAGGGAAAUGUUGACAGCUAUGUCCAUGACAUCUGAUGGGAGGGCAUUUCACAGGGCGGGUGCCACUACUGGGAAGGCCCUCUGCCUGGUUCCCUGUAAUCUCACUUCUCACAGUGAGGGAACCAACAGAAGUCCCUUGGAGCUGGACCUCAGUGUCUGGGCUGAACGAUGGGGGUGGAGACGCUCCUUCAGGUAUACUGGACCGAGGCCAUUUAGGGCUUUAAAGGUCAGCACCAACACUUGGAAUUGUGCUCAGAAAUGUGCUGGGAGUCAAUGUAGGUCUUUCAGGACAUAUGGUCUUGGUGGCUGCUCCCAGUCACCAGUCUAGCUGCCGCAUUCUGGAUUAGUUGGAGUUUCCAGGUCACCUUCAAAGGUAGCCCCACAUAGAGUGCAUUGCAGUGGUCCAAGCGGGAGAUAACUAGUGCAUGCACCACUCUGGCAAGACAGUCUGCAGGCAGGUAGGGUCUCAGCCUGCGUACCAAAUGGAGCUGACACGGAAGUGAACUGCACCUCCAUGGACAGCUGUGAGUCCAAAAUGACUCCCAGGCUGCACAUCUGGUCCUUCAGGGGCACAGUUACCCCAUUCAGGACCAGGGAGUCCUGAACACUAGCCCACCCCGUCCCCCCAAAACAGUGCUUCUGUCUUGUCAGGAUUCAGCCUCAAUCUGUUAGCCGCCAUCCAUCCUCCUGCCAGACACUCACACAGGACCUUCACCUCCUUCACUGGUUCUAAUUUAAAAUAAAGGUGGAGUUGGGUAUCAUCCGCAUACUGAUGAACACCCAGCCCAACCCCCCUGAUGAUCUCUCCUAGCAGUUCCAUAUAUACAUUAAAAAGCAUGGGGUAGAGGACGGAACCCUGAGGCACCCCACAAGUGAGAGCCCAGGGGUCUGAACACUCAUCCCCCAUCACCACUUUCUGGACACAGCCCAGGAGGAAGGAGCGGAACCACUGUAUAACAGUGCCCCCAGCUUCCAGCCCCUCUAGACGGUCCAGAAGCAUGUUAUGGUUGAUGGUGUCAAAAGCCGCUGAGAGAUCCAGCAGAACUAGGAAAUAGCUCUCACCUUUGUCCCUAGCCCACCGGAGAUCAUCAACCAGUGCAACCAAGGCAGUUUCAGUCCCGUGAUGAGGCCCGAAUCCCAAUUGGAAGGGAUCCAAAUGGUCCACAUCUUCCAGGCAUGCCUGGAGCUGUUCAGUAACCACCCACUCAAUCACCUUGCCCAAGAAUGGAAGAUUUGAGACUGGGUGAUAGUUGGCCAUAUUGGCUGGGUCCAAAGAUGUUUUUUUAAGAAGCGGUUUAAUGACCGCCUCUUUCAGUGGGUCUGGGAAGGCUGCCUCACAGAGGGAAGCAUUCACCACCCCACAGAGCCCAUCACCCAGCCAUUCCUGGCUCUCUUUUAUGAGCCAGGAUGGGCAAGGAUAGGUUUCACUCAUCUAAGCAGCCUGUCCACAUCCUCAGAGGUAACAGAUUGGAAUUGAUCCCAUGCAACUUGACUAGACAGGACUCUAGCACUCUCCCACCCCAGCCCUGCUCUCUACCUCCUUCCAAAUCUGAGCGACUUUAUCUGCAAAAAACUUUGCAAAAUAAUUGCAGGAGAUCUUGGGGUCCUUACCGGGCCCCGAUGGCAAAGGUGGUUCCAUUAGAUUGCAAACCACCUGAAAGAGUCUCCUGCUGCUGUUUUCUGCAGAUGCAAUAGAGGCGGUGAAGAAGGUCCUUUUCACUGUUGCUAUCUCCACUUGGUAGGCUUGACGUUGAGCUCUAGUCUGUGUCUGGUCCGAUUCAGAAUGAGUUUUCCGCCACCAGCGCUCUAGCCAUCUCAGCAAUUGUUUCAUCACCCUUAGCCCUGGAGAAAACCAUGGGGCUAUCCAGGCUCCAUGCAGUUGGAGAGGGCACUUCGGAGCCAGACAGUCGAUAGCUCUGGUUAACUCUGCAUUCCAGCGGGCCACCAGGGAAUCAGCUGAAAGACCACCAACAUGGGAUAAAACAUCCCCUACCAUAUUAUGGAUGUUGCAGUAAGAAUAGAUCAUAGUAAGAGGAGGCGCUGGCUUGUUCUUGGGGAGAAGGGAAGAUCUUGGAAAAGCAACCCAAGGCCUCUUACAAACCUUUCAAAAGCGCUGCUUGAAGGAAGAUGCUUCCCUCUUUAGCCUCUCACCAAGAUUUUGCUGUCUCCUUUCUCCCAGGUGUUCGGGGCACUAGAGAAAGCCAAAGAGAAGUACUGCAUGGAGGAUUAUUCCGUCAGCCAAAUCUCCUUGGAGCAAGUCUUCAUGAGCUUCACCCGUUUCCAGCACUACACAGAGGAUCAAGGGAAAUGAGGCGGAGCCCCUCUGCCUGCUCCACACGGACUGACCCUGCUGCCUAUACAUAGUAUAUAUAGAGACAGUAAUUUAUAUUAUCAGCCAUGUCUUCAACAAUGCAUCAAAAGGACAGACAUUCUCAACGAAGCGGUGGGUGGGGGGCGAGACCUCCUGCUCUCCGCAGUGCCAGGAUCAAGAGGAAGAGCAUGCAUGAUGUGUGCGUGUGCGUGUGUGUCAUGGUGUACGUCCGCAUGUGGCGAGGCAUGGGAAAGAGCAGCAAAGGGCUGCAUCUCAAGGCAGCACAGCCAGCCUGUGGGUCUUAACUAGCUCUCCCUCCGCCUUUAAGCCAACCAGAGAGGACAGUGUUGCACCACCACGCAGGUAAUGCACUCCUGGUGCUGGGAUGACUGGUGGACCCUGUCUUUUGCAUCGUCUCCUCCAGGACUUCCACUGGGUCAACAUCUAUGUUAUUGGCCCAGUGUGCCUCUGCAAAUGGGGCACUGGCAACGCACACGUCUGUCUGUCUGCAGCCCAUGUCUGUAUGAGGAAACAAAACAUCCCCCGUGUGGCGUAUCCGUCCAGCCCGACUUCCUUUUUGCCACUCGCUUUCCUCAGGUGGAGCGAGACGAGGAGGGCAGCAUGCAACCGGUCACGGUCCCCACCUCACUCUGGGGUUCCCAUCAGAUCUGGGAUUAUUUAUUUAUUUUCCACAAGAUGCGGGGGGGGGGGGAGAUAAUGCAUUUUGCUUUUCAGACAACUGUGAGGCUGAGUUUAGCAUAGUAGGAAUCCCACGGGCACCACCCUUGCACAUUCCUUCAUCCAUGUCACUAACCUUAAAUGUUCAUGGAGAAUCUCCUUCGAGGUGGUUUUGCUGUAGUUUAGAGCAAUGUUCUUCAACCUUUGGUCAUCCCCAGAUGUUGUUUGCUUAUGCUUCCUAUCACCUGCAGGGAUAUGAGCAAGCUGGAAGAUGAGUAGAGAAGGACAGCCAAGAUGAUAAAGAUACCAAGCCUUACGAGGAACGGUUGUGAGAGGUUGUGGGUAGGUUUAGCCAGGAUAAGAGGAAAGGGAGAGGAGAUAUGACAGCCACCUUCAAAUAUCUAACGGGCUGCCACGUGGAAGAGGGAGCAGGCUUGUUUUCUCCUGCUCCAGAGGGUAGAACCCGAACCAGUGGAUCCAAAUUACAAAAAAAGAGAUUCUGACUAAGAACUUUCUGGCAGUAAGAGCUUAUUCAGCUACUUCAGAAGGUGCUGGGCUCUCUUUCUCUGGAGGUUUUUAAACAGAGGUUGGAUGGUCAUUUGUCAGGGAUGAUUGAGUUGUAACUCGAUGACCCUUUGGGUUCCUUCCAACUCUACAAUUCUUCAAAUCUAUGAUCCCUAACCAUUAGUUAAGCUGGUUGGGGAUGGUGGGAGGCAGAGUCCAGCACCAUCUGGGGACCAAAGGCUGAAGAGAACUGAUUUAGAGAACUAGCCAAAAGCUUCCAUCAGCCACGGAUCAUGGGAGAGUUCUCUGCUGUAUGAAAUCCUAGCCAAUUGCAAAGAAGUGGAACUGCCACUUGGCAACCUGUCAUUUUGUCUGUGUAUGCUCCAGGACCAACUAAUCAUGUGCUCUGUUACGGCUUGAUUCUGGACCCAGGUGGGGACAUUGUUCUGCACUUUUGGGGUUUGUAGCAGCCAAGUCAGCCUUGCAGAAGCGGAGUCUGUUGUCAGGUGGAAGCAUCUCCGUGUCCUCCUCCUCCUCUGAAAUCUGGAAAGAAUAGGCCGGGAAGGUGUUGGUGACAGGCGGCCACUUAUAUUAAGGUGCUCUGCUGGAACCAGGGCUUUUGAAUCCCUCCAAGAAGUUGGAGUGAGGAGGAAGUUCACGCCCAGUUUCAAGGUGCUCACCUGCACCUGCCAAGGUGCUCACUUGCACUGUAGGAUAUGUUCUGUUGUAGUGCUGCUUUUGUCUCAGCAGAUGACCAGGAUGUGUUCCCACUUAGGGCCAGCUCAGCCCUUGGUUCCCCAGAAUGAAGGAUGUUCCCAAUGCAGGGCAGGGGAAUCCUGAGACUCUCCAAAUGCCUCUUUGACCCCAGUUCCCGUCAUCCCAAAACCGUUGGCCAUGCAGGCAGGGGGUGAUGGGGGCUGCAGCCCAACAACAGUAGGAAGACAGGCUCCCCAUGCCAGCCUUAUCACCUCUGUUAGGGUGAGUUAGCACAUUCCCCUUGGGGAAAAAAUGAGAGAAAUCCCACCAUGUCAUAGCAGACAUUAUUGUGGUUGUCCCUUGCUUUCCCCACAUGGGGGCGCCUUAUAGAAAUUACCAUAUUAAAACCUGCCUUUUGUAUUGCAUUGAGGAAAGAUUAAGGAACAGAGUGAAGGGUCCUAGCAAGGGGUUAUUCUGCUUGUCCAAAUGGGGAAUUCUGGAGACUAGCAUUUUGUAGGGCCAGGUGUGUUGCAGCCCAAGUGCCCAUCCCGGCAAAAAAAUUAAAAAAUCCUGCCUUAGAUAAAUGUGGGCCUAACUGCAUGCACCUGUCAAGACUUGAACAGCACCUGCUAACUAAGCAUCUGCUCUGCACUGAGCCCUCUGUAUGCUGCUUGCUAGAUCACCAAAAAAACAAAACCCACCCAAAUCUGCAGCUCCAAGUUGAGCAGAGGGGAACCCAGCAAAAAAACAAAACAAACCCUUCCAUUUUGUCCCUCCUUUAAUGCAUCCUAUUUUUGCAAAGGCAAUGAUGGCAGUUGCAGUGCUCAAGGUUUUAAUGAGACUCAGAUUGUCAGCAGAUCAGGCAGGAAGUGGCCUAGUUCUUCAUUCCCAGGCCCUCUAGCAAGGAGAUAAUUCCUGGCCACCAACCCUUAGCCAUUGGCUAGUCCUUGUUGGGUUCAUGCAUUUCCUUGCACCUGCAUAUGAGUAAAAUUUGAUAUCUGGAAAAGAAUUCCACAUCUGCAGAAUCCUUAAUUUGCAUUACCAUAAAACAACGUUUUGAUCCCUUAGUGCUCCAGAAAUAAGCUUGGAAAUGCAGUUGAAAUACCAGAAGACGUGUGACGGGCUAUGCAGGCCCCCCAGUUCUGAGGGGGUGAUGUUGUAGUGCUCUUCAUAAUUCGUCCCUGCACAUGGCUUAGCAGAAGUGGAAUGAAAUAGCAAAUGUAGGCACGUUAAUGUAAUACAUCUAGAUGUGUUAGCUAUGCUGUCAUUGGAGCAGAAUCUGGGUCUUUUAGGCACACAGUAUUUUUUGGUCCAUCUGCCCCCUUUCUUCUUAUACAGGGAAUUCCAUGGAGGGGAUGGCCAUGAUUCCUAAUCAUGUUUGGUGCCAGAAAAGUACUCCUUCAAACUACACUACUUAAGGCAGUUGUGCACUUGCCUUCAAUUGGCUUAAAAACUGACAGCUGCCUGAAUGGGUUCUUCAGGUCAAGGAGAAUUGGACCCCUCUUGAUAUGGACGUGUGUAUUGCCAAUCUUUGAGGAGCUGGCCAUCUGCAUACUGGUUAGCUGACCCUGGAGUGGAAGCGAUCAGGUUUCUGGAGGUGGAAAAGAGGGAGGAGCCAGUACUCUAUUCUGGGGUUACUUUGUGCUUGUAGUUGUUUGUCAAUGGGUUGCACUGUAGGACCAGUAUGAAGAUAGUCUGUGCUCUAGAAAGUGUGUAUCUGCAGACCAACGUCACUGAUUGGGAGUGUAUCAGAUUGCUUAAAGAGUUGGAAGACAGAGAGCUAAUUUUGCCACUCAACAGCCUUGUGUGUGGCAUUGUGGAUUGUUGUUUUCAAAACUUCUCAUGGCCACCUCAUUGCCCUUUUAAUAACUGUGAUGUCAUGUGGCCACAAUGGUUGGAUGGCCAUCUGUCAUGGAUGCUUUAGUUGAGAUUUCCUGCAUUGCAGGGGGUUGGACUGGAUUACUCUUGGGGUCCCUUCCAACUGUACAAUUUUAUAAUUCUGUUAUUAUCUAAAUAAGAGUUCUGGUUGCUGCGUCCCACAAAAGGCUAUCCUAGUACUGGAAAGGUGCAGAAACAGGGGUGAGAUUAUCACGGUGUGGUUAGAGCACUUCCCUGCAUCAGGCUGGCCACUGGGGCUCUUCAGAAUAACCCAACUAUGCAUUUUCCAAGGGGUGCCUUUGGGUCACCCCCGGGCGCAAGUCGAACCGCCCUAGGUGCAUCCAAGAGUUCUGUGCAUUGUGUGCAUCAUUUGCUUAGCCCCUUCUAUGUGGCAGAAACCCAAUCCUAUCAUGUCUGUGAGCAAAUGGGGUGGAGCGGGGAGCUAGUUGGUCCUUUCUAUCACCACCCCUGCCUUUGGCUUACAAAGCCACCCACUCAAGAAAGGCGCUUCAAACUACUUAUUUCAGGUGGUGCAUGUUCCUUGUUGUCUUCCUUUUUAAGAGUGUAUUAGUGGUGUCCUUUUUUUGUCCGUUUCCAGUGGUUUGUCUCUAUUUUCCCUGUUCAAUCACAUUCCGUCCAGUUUGGCCGAGGCCGGCCUAAGGUGCCACUCCUCCUAGUGAACCCAGGCACAGUCCACCAAGAGGUUCUCCUGCACAAGCCAUGGCUCGCAUACACAACAUACGUUUUAAAAUGCAUUGCUUCCCUCCAGGAAUCCUGGGAGCUGUAGUUUAAUCCUCAUGGAGCUACAAUUCCCAGCAACUGCUGUUCCCCGGAUCCUUUGGGGAAAGCCAUGCUCUUUAACUAUAUGGGGUUGUUGUGGCCUCUCUUGACAUGGAGAUGCUCAGUCCACCUGUCUUAUCCCCCACUCCACCGUCCUUGGUAUAUUAAAAAUAUACCAGAAGCAGCAGCCACCUCACCUAACCUAGGCAGGGCCAACACCAGGUUCAGCUGCUCAUUACUUGGUGCAGGCCUUAGCUGAAAUUUGCAAGGUUCAUUGGUGGAGAAGCAGCUCCCCUUUUUGCAGGGAGAGCCAGUAGAGGACUGUGCAGGUGCUUCUUUGCUCCGUUGCCUUCCUUCCCUCCUGGGCCCCUGGGCCUUUUUUCGCACCCCCCCCCCAAGGUGCUUUCUGGCGAACAAAAGAGUUGCAAAGCCAAAGGGAAACUCUGAUCUGCUUCAAGCAGAUUGGAGAACAGCCUUUGCUCUUAAUAAGGGCUGAUCCACUUUCAGAACUGCUUCAGGUUUUUACAGGCACUCAACACUGGCUUUUCUAGGCAACAGCGGAGGCUGCUUCAUUUGGGCAAACUGGGCGCUGCCUUGUCAACUUCUGCCAAGCUCCAGCUGCCAGCCUUCUUACUUCAUCCAGCCCAGCAAGGGCCUCCUCCUCCGUCUCAGUGUUGGCCCUUAUAGAACUUUGCAAGGAGGAGGAUGGGGACAAAACUAGAAUGCCUGUCCUUGCCUCUGGUUCCCCCUACUGUUGGGCUCCCUGCCUUCUGCCCUACCAGCCCCAAUGGGCUGCAACCACCACUAUUUAUAAGCAUGUGGCAGUCACCCACCAGGUCCUCUAAACAGUGGCUAUUUGCCAGGGAGGUGGUGCAUCUCACUGGUGCAAGUCUUCAAGUGUUAUGUGGAAUGUACUUUUAUGGAGGGGGUAGGUUCACCUUUCAUUGGUCCACCUUUUGCUUUACCAUACACUAAACUCUGCAGCUGUUCCCCUCCCCUGGGACCCCCCUCCCCCCGCUUGUCCAUCCACAUGGGAUCUAGAUCUGUGGUUUUUUAAACCUCCCAGGGUUUCUUGAGGAACCUUAUUCAGUAGGCCUUCCUCAGUGAGAUCACGAAUGGCAAACAGGCUUCCUUGGAAGGUGACUAACCUGCUAUUAGCAAUAUCCCUGUGCUACCACAGAGGGCUUUCAGGUGUUGAGUUUCUCCCUUUUUUAUUUCAUUGGUUCUGCCCCUGCACAUCGCAGUUGCUGUGAAUGGCAGCAGAACCCUGAAAUAAAUAAGUAAAGCAGAGGGUGGGGGGUGUCCCCCUUAUGUUCCCAGGUAUGCACUCAGUUAAUUCACAGGGGCAAUGGUGAGGCUUCCAUGCAAGCAGACUGGUUCCCUGGGGAUCGGGAGUUUUGACAACCACUGCUUUAGAUGUCUCGAAAGUGUAAAAUAGUCACAGUUUUGUUGUUUUCAGUUUGACUUACACAGCAAAUCCCUUCGUCUUGCACAAGUCACUGCAUUUUUGCACAAUUGUAUGUGUGUGUGUUUAUGGAUCCAGUUUGUGCUCUGAAAUUUCUCAGGUCUGUUAUUGCACCAACCCCCCAAACACAAUGUACUGAAAUGUUUUUGCUGCAAAGGCAAACGGAACCAGCGGAGAUCGCCUCUUGCUGCUUUUGGUCACAUGAUGACAGUGGCAAACUGAGCACUAAUCAAAACCACGAAAGCCACCCAUUAGCUAUUGCGUCCUCCCAAUGUAUGUGCCCCUUUUCUGAUUCACCCCCCCGCCAUAUUUCACUUUUUAUUUGUGUUGGGUUUUGUGUGUGCGCGCCUGCCUAUGAAAAUACAUUUUUAAACACUAAGGAGGAUACAGGGACUUCUGAAAGGGAGGGGUGCAGGGUUAUUCCAUGUCUCAGACAUGUGAGUGUGUGUCCAUCUGCUCUUCAAUGGCUCUUAUGUACUGCAGUCAGUUGUAGUGGUGACAUUUUCCCCCAUCUCAAAAAAUAAACUGGAUUUUCAAAAUAGUGA